AUGGUAAGUAGACACUACAUUGUUUUUCUUGCAUACAUCAGACUUGCCUGUUUAGUAGAGUGAAUAGAAUUACUAGUUACAAUUAUAAGCACUUGACUGAAUUUAAGAUUAAGAAAUUAACCGUAUUGUACUGUCAUUGUAUUCAGGGCUUAGGUUUGUCAUUGAAUUUAUUUUAUUCAUAUGCACUCUUGCACUGAAAAGCUGAGCACCUGUUAUAGGACCACAGAAUGCACCCAGCUUACCGGUAUAUCAAAGAUUGCAAUGUAAAACAUAGCAAUUUUGUAGAAACUGCAAUUUUUCCAUUGCAGGGUAAAAUGUACUACUUGUGCAGGGGGUUCCCAAAAUGUAGAUCUCCAGAUGUUGUUGAACUACAGCUCCCAUGUUGCACUGCAUUAAUUUAGAAUGGCAAAGCAUCAUGGAAGCUGAAGUUUCUAAAACAUCUGGGGCUCUACCUUUUGUCAUCCCUUCUCUAUUGACUCACUUCCUGACACCCACUUGAGGCGCUUCCCUGUGAGAACCGAAUCAGACUCAGUUCUCAUUCAACUGCUUUUCCUAUGGGAUCAUCAGUCUUGAUUAUCCCAGCCAGUGAGGCGUAGUGGCCAAGGCAAGAUAAGAAAGGUAAGAAAUACUCACCUUGAUAAUCCUCAUAGGCAGGGGUGACAGGUGCAUGGGUAGGGGAACAGUAGUGUUUGGAAUACAUGUUUGUAUUCCAACACUACACUGCUCCUUUAACUCCCUCUCUUCUCAUGUCAUGUUCACUCUGCUCUGUUUCUUAAAGUACUCAAUGUAGGGUUUCUAUGCCCAGUAAUUUUUAUUCGGCAUUAACACUGAAAUAACUUAUGUUCCGUUAAGCCCCAGUGAGGUGAGCAUUGUGUCAAGCAAGCUGUUAAUCUCCUGGAUUUUAUUUUCUUCUCUUGAAUGACAGUAUGUUGUGUGUGUGUGUAUAUAUAUAUCGUUCCUGUGCAAAAAUAAGUAAUGUCUACUUCCAUUAUAAUUUGUCAGCAUAGUGACUAAGCAGGUUCUGUUUAUUUCUAUUCAUUAUAGCUGUAUGACUUUGUUGCAUAAUCUAUAUUAGAACAUAUUCAGUCUUUAGCCCUACUAAUCUGAGCAUUUAAAGGAAUACUUGAACAUUAAAAACAAAUAUUCAUUUAGAAUUUGAGAGUGUUUCUUAUAUGGCAUGCAUGCACCCCAUUUUUAAAACAAAAAAUGAUCCAGGUAAACUCUCACAUGUCAGUUUCUCUCAUGCAGAUGCUCUUCCCACAAUGAGAUAUAAUUUUAGGUCUAAUCUAGUACUACUUGCAGAGAAGGAUUGGGGAUCUACUUGGCGACGCAUUCAUCCAGGCAGAUGAUUCUUAUUGCCUAUAGCACUUCAGUUAUUGAAAGGCUUCAUGAGGAAUUGCUCUUAGCGCGCUGUCUGAUUAACACCGUAUAGAACAUCUUCAGUGACAAAUGUAAGCAUUGCCAUUUCCUACAAAAAGCAAUGUUUGGAUUUGUCACUAUGCAGGGACAGUAUGUACAGACCAAAAACAGCAUUGAAGUGAAGGGUGGAGCUUCCUUUGUCAAAAUAGUGAAACCUACUUUAAGCUCCACCCUUUAUCAAGAUAGGAAUGUUUCCUACUUUGUCUUAUGUUUUAAAGAAAAACAUAUGAGAAAAGUAGAAAAAAAAAGAUUCUGAAAGAAGAAUGGUCCGAAAUGGAUGAUUUGUUUCAAAUAGCCAAGGUAUUCCAGAAAACACUGUGAAAAGGGGAGAUUAAAUGUAAAUAUCCAAGGUUUCUCCAAGGCUGCACCUCUUCUAAGGAACUCCCUUCCCUUCUCCGUAAGACUUUCACCCAGUCUCCACUCAUUCAAAAAAUAAUUGGAAACUCACUUCUUCAAGAAAGUAUAUAAAUUAAAAUGUUAGCAGUUUUUUAUCCCCCACCCCCCAUGACUCCUCUCCUGCAACUGUCAAAAUUUACCUACUAUGCCCUCAGUAAAUUAUUUUCUAACAACCUACUUCGUACCCCUACUUUUACCCUUUAGGUCACUAUACCCAGGGCCGUCUUUAACGCGGGGCAAACAGGGCAGCUGCCCCGGGCCCUGUCCCUGCUGGGGGGCCCGAGGUAACUGCCCUGUUUGCCCUCUGCCCGCAAACUAUGGGGGCCCAUCGGGUGGCCCAUGCACUUAGGGCCACCCAGUGGGCCUGUGUCAGCAGGGGCCCGGUCGGGCGCUGUGGCGCUUUAACAGCGCGACCGGGCCCUUGCUUUUGGCAGCACUGGGAGGAAGUGACAGCCGCGCGUCACUUCCUCCCACAGAAACAGGAGCCGCGUGGGAGGAAGGAGCUGUUCCGGAGGUGGCCAGGCCGGGAGAGCUUAACUCCCAGCCAGCCCACUGAACCCCAGGGAAGCCACCCUCCAGGAAAAGGUAAGAAACUGGAGGGUGGUUAUCAAAUUUUGCAUGAGUAUGUCUGUUAGUGUGCCAGUAUGUCUGUGUGUGUGAGAGUCUGUCAGUGUAUGUGUGUUUCAGUAUGUCUGUAUAUGUGUGUAUGUCUGUGAGUGUGUCUGCAUGUCUGUCAGUGUAUGUGUGUAUGUCUGUCAGUGUGUCAGUAUGUAUGUAUGUGUGUAUGUGUGUUUCAGUAUGGCUGUCUGUGUGUGUCAAAAUGUCUGUAUGUGUGUAUGUCUGUCAGUGUCUGUGUGUAUGUGUGUUUCAGUAUGUCUGUCUGUGUGUAUGUGUGUUUCAGUAUGUCCGUCUGUCUGUGUGUAUAUGUGCCAGUAUGUCUGUCAGUGUAUCUGUAUGUCAGUGUCUGUGUGGUUCAGUAUGUCUUUGUGUAUGUGUGUUUCAGUAUGACUGUCUGUGUCAGUACGUCUGUCAGAAUGUGUCUCUGUAUCUGUAUGUUUUCCGUUUGUGUGUGUAUCUGUAUGUGUCAGUGUUUGUAUCUGUAUAUCUGCAUGUGUUUUAGGUUGUGUAUCUGUGUGUCUGGAUGUGUGUCAGUGUGUGUGUGUAUCUAUAUGUAGUCAAUGGGUGUACCUUUUGUAUCUGCAUGUAUGUCAGUGUUUAUAUCUGUGUGUAUGUCUAUGUGUGUGUCAGUGUAUCUGUAUAUAGUCUGUGUGUAUCUGUAUGUUCUUGUGUGUAUCUACAUGCGGUCAGUGUGUAUCUGCAUGUGUGUCAGGUAGUGUAUUUGUGUGUAUCUAUAUAUAGUCAGGGGGCCCAAGUAAAUGCUUGCCCAGGGUCCAAUCACAAUUAAAGACGGCCCUGACUAUACCCCACUCCCUCCAGAAUGUACGCUCAUUGAGCAGGGCCCUCCACCUCUCUGUUCUUGUACGUCCAAUUGUCUGGUUACAAUUACAAGUCUGUUAUUCAACCCAUUGUACAGCGCUACGGAAUCUGAUGGUGCUAUAUAAAUAAUAAUAAUAAUAAUAAUAAUAAUAAUAAUAAUAAUGGGAGACUUAUAUUAGGAGAUUAAUUUGAUUUCAAAUGAUGCUACAGGUAGAGUGAGAAAGGGGAGAGCAUAGGCGAGAAGGAAAGUUUAAAGAGGAUGAAAUUCAGACUGUAAGGCCCGUGACAUUUAGCAAAGAGUUUGAGUAGAAUGCCUAAUAUAACUAAAGGAAGUAGGAAUUAGGAGGAAGAGGUAGGUAAUAUAUCCACUUGAAUGUGUGUGCUGAGACAUGUAAAUGGAAGUAAUGUUUUGUGAUAAGAUCCAGAAAGUGAAUAAACAAUGAAAAAAACAGAGAUUUUUUAUUCAAACUGAAGGUGAAGUCUGAACAGGGAAGGACAUUUUAGGAAAAAGCAGAAGCUGUUUAUAAUAUAUAUGUGAUUAUAUAUUAUAUAUAUAAUAUACACACACACACACACAUACCGUAUUUACUCGAGUACAUUUUUUGUGCUGUAAACCCCCCACUCGACUUAUACUCGAGUUAAUGUCUGUAUUAUGGCAAUGUCUGUAUUAUGCCAUAAUACAGACCAGGACCGCCAGGCUCAUUACAAGCCCGGCGGUCAUGUUGGAGGCUGACAGUGAGCAGUUACUUACCUUCCUGCAGCUCCUGUCAGCACCCUUCUCCUCCGUGCAGCUCCUCUGUCAGCUCCCACUGUAAGUCUCGCGAAAGCCUCGGGGUCACCGAGGCUCUCGUGAGACUUUCAGUGGGAGCUGACAGAGGAGCUGCACGGAGGAGAAGGGAGCUGACAUGAGCUGCAGGAAGGUAAGUAACCGCUCACUGUCAGCCCACCUCCUACACAACCCAUACACUGGACCACCAGGGAGUGAGAGCCCCCCUCCCUGGCAAGCUAACAAGCAAGGAGGGGGGACGAAAAUUUAAUUAAAUAAUAAAAAAAAUACAAUAAAAAAUAUUAAAAUAAAAAACUUAAAAUACAAUAAAAUAAAAAAACUUAAAAUAUUAAAAUAAAAAAAUUAUAAUAAAAAUGCUCUCCUCCCACCCAGUACACACACACACACACAUACAUACACACACACACACACACACAAACACACACUCAUACAAACACACACUCUGCAUUAUACACACACACUCAUACAAACAAUCUGCAUUCUACACACACUCAAACACACACACUCUGCAUUAUAUACACACAGUGUUUGCGUAUAUAAUGCAGUGUGUGUGUAGAAUGCAGAUUGUGUGUGUGUGUGUGUGUGUGUGUAUAUAAUUCUAAAAAUCACAGAAUUUCAUAGCCCCAAGUUUUACCCUCGGCUUAUCCACGAGGCAUAGCAUAUUUCACAAUUGUUGGUUACAAAACUGCCCUCGACUUACACAUGAGAUCGACUUAUACACGAGUAUAUACGGUAAUAUAUAUAUUUUUUAUAAUUAAAAAAGCAUAAUGGAAGCUAUUCUACACAGGAAAAAAAACAGAACAUGCAUAUCCAUGCAGUGGUGCUGCCGUAAAGAUCAAAACAUACAAAAUACAGUUAAAGGAACAGCACACACAAACAAAAAUACAACUUUACCAAAUAAAUAUGAGGAUCUUCAGUGCCACAUAUGGCCAUAUUCUGUUUACCCCACAAAGUCAUUAAUUGGACUGCACAAUCCCUGACGUGGCUUCAGAUGUAGGCAUGUGUAAGAAAAAAUUGUAUUCCUUUUUUUUUUUUUUUUUGUAAGCCAAUGAGGCAUUAUUCCUUUUUUUUUUUUUUUAAAGUUAUAAGGGUUGGAGUAACUCUUUAAUGCUAUUUAAUUUAAAUAUAAUUUGUGUGUACCAUGACAGUAACACUUUAAAAAAGUGAUUGCAUUUUAAAGUGUAUGCCUAAUUAUAUGAGAUUUGGUCAAAAAAGGUUGGUUUGUGUAGUAUGAAAUAGAUAUGCAUAACAUUUAUAAUUAGAUGUGUAUGCUAGAUUAACCGAGGUUAAAAAGUUGUCUUUCUGGUACAAACUUAGGGAGUCUUGACAUGUUUAUUGUUCACCAUGGUACCUAAUCAUAGACUUCAGAAAGCACACAGUCCCAGUGCUGCAGUCCCCACUAAUGGCAUGUAUAUUAAUAUAUACACAAGGGAUCUCACCUACUGCGUAUGGAAAACUAGUUGCAGUGGUUGAGAGAUACACAACAUGUUGUUAAGUGCCUGUGAGGCACUCGUAAUAACUCGGUAAGGUUGAAGAUGCUAAGUGUAGAAUGCCAAAAUCUCAAUCAGUUUCUUAAAAUGUUGGUUAUUCAGCUAUUGGGGCCCUCUUUACCAACUGUUCCCAUAUGUCAUACAUAUUUUGUUGGAAUUAGAUAAUUGUAAUUACAUUUGAAUGUGAACAAACCUGUAAUGGCUCUAGUCAAUGUAGAAACUUUAUGUAUCACCCAGUCCCUUUUAUUGUAUUAUUUCUGUAUAUCUGCAAAAACUGACCAGGAAGUGUCUUCAAGUGAAGCUGUAAUUUACUUUUUGGGAUUUUUUUAUAGAGACUCGAAGUACUACAAGUGCCUAAGCAUGGGUUAUGGUGCUGGAUGUCCCCUUUCCCCUGUUUCUCUUGCAUUCUGUUAUUUCUAAAAGCAUGUAGAAUUGGCUGUUAUGUAUGAGUACCCCAUUGCAAGUCUCCAUGCUGUUUACAAGAAAUAAGAAAAAUCUUAUCUUUGAGAGCUUGUGCUGCAGACAUUCAAUUAAAAUGGGGAUAAAGCUAUAAAUUAAGCCAAUAGAAACUGCAUUCUGCAGUUUUUUUCAUUCUUAUCGUUCCUUGAUUAAAAUACUGCAGAAUGUUAGUACUAAACUACAUAUUCCAUAAAUUACUGCCUUAAGUGCAGGAGACAGUCACCAGUGUAUCCGUGUUAUUUUCACACAAGUUAUACUACAGCAAAUAUCAUGCAUGGUUUGACAGCCUUAUCAGUUCUGUCUUUACUUAUCUCAGAUAAUUGUAGAUUAUGCUAGCUUUAGUGUACCUAUAAUCUUAAUUUUAUUAAUGACAGGAGGCGAACAUUUGCUUAAGUCUCUCUUUACUAGAACUCCACAGCAGCAAAACACACAGAGAGUAAACAACCAAUCAGAAAACCGUAAGGUGACCAUAUAACUCCCUUCCCAACAUUCCAUUUCCUCUUUCAAGCUGCGAAAACAAAACACAGUCAUAAAAAAAAAACCAUAACAUAACAAUAACAGUCCAUCUCUGACAGAAACAACGACUCUCAUAGGAAUCUUCAACCGAAUCAAAAACUUGGUCGUGAUCUCAUCCUGGGCACUUUACACUGAAACGAGAUAAACAUAAUUGAAAAUUAAGAUUAUAGGUACACUAAAGCUAGCAUAAUCUACAAUUUUAUAACAUGACAGGAGGCUUCAUAUUUGCUGUUUCAACGCUCAGCCAGUAAGGCAAAAGCUGCAUGUUCCGUUGGUCUGAAAUAAAACGAUCGAAAUGUGUCUUCUCGAGACCAGUCCGCUGAACGUAGAAUAUCUGCCAGGGAAGCACCUGCUACCAGGGCUCCCGAUGCCGCCGCGCCCCUUACCGAAUGAGCACCAAAAGAGGAGUCCACGCCGGCCAACGACAAAAGCCAUCUGAUCCAACGAGCCAAAGUAAUGGUAGAAACCGGUUUAUGUGGCCUUACAUAAGAUAUCAACAGCUAUCUCGAUUGGGAACUUCGAAGUGGGGUAGUAACUGCCACAUAGCGAGACAGAGCAGAAACCACACAGAGCUUAGGAGCUUCUCGAAUAAAAGGGCAGAAAAUGGCAGUUGAGUCGGACUUGGUACGUCUCGACACCGAAAAAGUCACCCCAUCUGGGGAAAAGGUAAAUGCGUUAAUAUCAAAAGCCCGGACGUCGGAGACCCGACGAAACGAUACCAGGCAAAAGAGAAGUGUGAAUUUGGCCGAUAACUGCCGUAGAGAAAGGUCCUGAUUCUCCGGCCACGACCUGAAUGAAAUCCAAAACCUGGUGCACAUCCCAGAGUGAUGUAUACUUAGGAGCCGGUGGACGUGACAAUCUGAUUCCUCUCAAUAGUCUACAAACCAAUGGGUCUUGUCCAAUGGGCGUCCCCUGAAGGGGAACAUGAGCCACUGAAAUGGCCGAUCUGGCAACGUUAACAGAGCGAUAUGACCUCCCCUGGUCGAAGAGGUGAGAAAGGAAAUUCAGUACGCUGGAUCCAGGUGCUGUAAAGGGAUCGAUACUUCGUUCCAUGCACCAACGACACCAUAUGUUCCAGGCGGAAAGAUAACAUCUCCUCGUCCCCGGGGCCCAUGAGUCCCAGAGGAGGCUUCUAGCCGAUCUCGAUAGCUCAUCGACAUUCCAGGUACCCCGGAAAGAGUCCAAGCCACCAAGUGGAGAUGGCCUUCCAGUACGAGGGGGUGAUGGUUGCCUCAGGAAUCCAACAGGGGCAGAUGCGGAUACAUCCCUAUCUUGGGAUGACCGAGGCAGUGCGCGUGAAAGCGCUUUCUCCACAGAAGUGGCAACAAUUCUUCCUCCUCUAUUGAUCUGCCCGCCGUUCAUCCAGUACGGACAGGGGGGCGGGGAGGGUGAAUUCUUCCUCCUCUUUGGGGAAGUAUCGUGGGCGCGCUGGAGAUGAGGUGGUCGUCUGCCUGGGUCUCUUUGCAGGAGCCUUAUUCGGCUCAGGGCCUUCACCCUUCGGGGCCGGACUCUAUCAGCGUGCGCUGAGUCUCCGAUACAUCCCUAUCUUGGGAUGACCGAGGCAGUGCGCGUGAAAGCGCUUUCUCCACAGAAGUGGCAACAGCCACGUUAAUCAUAGCCUGUAGGCUCUCUUGGGUUGGAGUGUCCAUAUCCUGACCGUAGCGUGAUCCUGGGGGUAGAAAUGACACGUCACCCAGCUAUUAUGGGAGCAAUGUAUACGGACACAAUUGCUAGUGUCUAUAGUGUGGUCGUGGUGGACCCCCAGUAUAAAAAUCUCCCCGUAUAAUAUCCUAGGCCAGCAGCCGUAAUGGAUUUAGGCACGGGCAAGCGCCGGCUCAGAAAAGGGUACUGUCAGGGCAGGCCAGUCAGAGGGCACAGACAGAGCAGGCCAAUCUUAUGGGCACAGACAAAGCAGCCCAGUCAUAGAGGCACAGGCAAGGCAGGCCAGUGACAGGGGCACAGACAGCGCAGGCCAGGUCACUACUGAGAGGUGUAAGGUAUAUAAAGGGUCACUUUUAAUGGAGCACUCCUCAGAUAGUCAAAUAGGGCCUGAAAGGCCUAAUGUUAAGGGGUUAAUGCAAGUUACACAUAUAUCAACAGUGAACACCCCCAUCAAAACUAAAAUCCUGUGUAGAAAACCCCAGCACCAACAAAUUAUAGUGAUGCAGUGAAGUGUUAAUUGCAGGGGCGUAAGGGGUGUUCCCAGACCGCCAGGACCUAGGUAGGCCUUAGACCGCGGUCUUUAUUAGAAUAGGGAAACCCUAGUAACCUGUUCAUGCCUAUAGAGCACUCCAACAGGCGGGGGAGGGAGCAUGCGUGCGUGUAGUGCUCCCUCCUCCACUCGGCGGACACACGCGGUCUGCGGAUCGAUCCGGCGGCUACGUGGAGAGGCUCCGGUCGGCGGGUAGAGCGCUCGUGCCGCGAGCACCCCGCGACCGGAGGGGAAGAAAAUACACAUGGGACCGCUAGAGAUGUACUCUGCGGUCCAGAGGGCUUGGUGGGGGAGGGGGUUGGAGGAGGCAGCAGUAGGCCAGCCUCUCGAAACCCCUGAGCAGGACGAAACCCGUAGCAAGGGAAACGGGAAAACGAGAGGGGACAGUUAAGGGGAAAGAGCCCCAGAAAUGAAAAUAGGAAAAGAAGAAAUUCUCACUAACCCAAAGAGAGAGUAAAAGGGCAGAUAGUUUACCCUAUAAGGAACAAAACAGUCCCCAAAUAAGACAUUAAAGAAAAUAUAACAAUAUAAAUAAUUAUACAGAGACAUCUUAAAAUCCCAAAGCCACCAACUAAUAAUAGCAGGAGGCAGUGGUACUCUGACCUGUACUGAUGCGGAGCAGCAAAGAAAGAGGAAAUGGAAUGUUGGGAAGGAGGUUAUAUGGUCUCCUUACUGUUUUCUGAUUGGUUGUUUACUCUCUGUGUGUUGCUGCUGUGGAGUUCUAGUAAAGAGAGACUUAAGCAAAUAUGAAGCCUCCUGUCAUGUUAUAAAAUUAUGAUGCAAAGAAAAACAGAUUGGUAAGUAAAAAAGAUCAGAAAAUCCCUUUUUUUUUUUUUUUUUUCUGCUUUGGUUUUUGUUUUUCUCUUAAACACCUCAAACAGUCUGACAGGAAUCUGAGAGAUGGCAGCCAGUGACUCCAUGCAACAUGGCCUGUCCUUUUAAUACUUUUUGCGUGCAUUAAAGAAAAAAUAGACUUGGAUUCAGUACCCUGACCAUAGGCUGCAAAAAAAAUAAACUACCGUAAUGGUAUUUUUGUGAAUUCAUAUACUAAGCAAAUUAUACUUUCUAUACUACUCACUAUUUGUCCCCUCAAAUAUAUGUUGUUCUACCAGAAAAAUAUGGAGGAGUGCUUCCUUCCAGUUAUGCAUAAAUUACCUAGCAAGCUGAUAAAUACAUGCUGGUUGUUAAUUUAUUUUUAUAUUUUUUGGGAUGGAAUUCUAUGCAGAUUGUUAGUCAUUUGAAUUUAGACUCGGAACAGACUUUAGACAUAUGUGUAAAGUUGCAGUUCCCUGCUUUAAAAUACAUGAAUGCUUUUUUUUUUUUUUUUUUUUUUACUCAACUUUAAAAAAAAUAUAUAUAAUUAAAAAAUAGUUUAGAAAAUCUGUACAUUGUUUUGAAUACAAUAACAAUACCGUAUUCAUUCCUCACGGCUUCUAAGUUUUUUAAAUUUGUUCCACCAGAGUAUAGUUGCAUGUGUUUGACUGGAGAAUAUGAUUAGGGAUGAAUUAAUAGAUAUUCUGAAAUUGUUUGAAAGACAUAUGUGCAGAGACCAAAAGCUAUUUUUCUUGUGUAUCUUCAAAUAUUUAAAUAAUGCAAAACGCUCAGAUUCAUCCUCUGGAAAUACUCUUGCCAAUUAAGUUAUUACAAGAAAGGAAAAUACUCUUCAUUCCCCAAAGAAUGGAUUGAUUUAAUGCACCUCUAAGAGAAGAUGCUGAUUGGCUCAGCAUGGCAUUUUGCCGUAAAUACCUGAUAGCCUCCCAAUGUUUUCUUCUGGGAAAGCAUUGGAUUGGCUGAGACCAUCAAGUUUGGUCCCGUCUUGGCCCCUACGCUCUGCCGAAGACCUACAUCUAUCCUCUGUUUAUACUCCUACUUCUAAUGCUCGCCUUAAAGACUUCUCUAGGGCUGCACCAUUGCUAUGGAACGCCCUUCCUCUCUCUAUUAGACUUUCACCCAGUCUCCACUCCUUCAAAAAAAAUCUUUCAAAAUGUACUUUUUCAAGAAAGCAUAUCAAUUAAACUGUCAACAGCUUUCGUUUCCUGCACCCUGAUUCCUCUCCCGCAACUGUCAUCAAAACAAAACACUAAGCCCUCUGUUAGUCCACCCAUUGUACAGCGCUGCGGAAUUUGUUGGCAAUUUAUAAAUAAUAAUAAUCUCAGCCAAGGGGGCAGAGCGGGGCCAGCUGUGAGGAGACCCACAUGUUGUAGGAAAAAGAUUAGUAAAAUCACCUUUUUAUUGCAGGAAGAGCGUGGCUGGUCAUCAAAACAGCGAUCUUAAAGCUAUAGUGUCAUGAAUACCUGUUUGUAUUCCUGACACUAUAGUGUUCUUUACAUUAUUUUAAAGGCAUUUUUUUUUCUUACUACUAAAGUUUGAAUUUAAAAAAAUAAAUCACAUACUUUCUGAACAUUUGUUCCCCUACAAAUUGACCCUGAGCUUAAUACUAAACUACAUCCUAAUCCUAGCCCUAAUAUAGAAAACAAAAAUAUACCCUAUCCUGACAGAACCAAAGAGGUGCAUAAAAAUGGCCAUGUAUUUCACAUUUCCUAAGCUGGUUUUAAGUUGUUAGGACUGUUGCAGAGCACUCAGCAAGUUAGUUCUCUUGGUUCCAUCUGUGAUGUUUUUAUAUAUAGUGAUUUUUAAUUCUUCUGUUUUAUAGUAGUUGAGCAAGCGUUGCUCAUGGUGUUUAAACGGAGUAGUCUACAGAAACAAGGGUUCUGCCUAUCUGAAAGAAUGUUUUGGCAGGCUACUUGUAUCAAAUCUAGUGAGAACUGAGCUUUUCAAGGACAAGAGAUAGAACAGGAAAAAGUACACUGUUAAACUUUGUAGUGAAAAAGCUAAUCGUAUAAAGGAGACAAGUACGGUAAAAUAUUAAUCAUGCUGUAGCCUUAAUCUGUCAAUCUUUAACAUCUACAUGCUUUCAUCUCAACCUUUUCAACACAAACACAUGGCAAUCCUUUAUUUAUAUUGCCGUGUUUACUUGUGUAUUAAAAAAUAAAAUGUGUUAGCUUUGCAUAAAAGCUAACACCAUUUGUACAUUAGUAAUGUUUUUGGCAGCACUGUACCGCUAAAUUUGCUGCAACCAGCAUUUUAAGAAUAUAUCUUGGGUUAUUUGAAGAUGAGUUUGUGACAUCCCCUGUAUUUAUAUCACUUGGUUGUAAAGCAUAAGGUACAGAUCGACUACUAUGUACUUUCAAACGAAUAAUACAUGCAUAUGUUUAAUGCAUAUAAUUAGUAGUUGCAAAAACACACACACACACACACACACACACACACACACACACACAUAUAUAUAAUCUAAAAUAUAUUUUUACUAACAUUUUAACAAAUGUUUCUAAACCUACAAUAUUCUUUUCAUCGGCUGCACAAAUGGCCUCUGCAACUAAUAAAAAUCCAUCCCCUUUUGACUUGUUAGUAUAGGGCAUUAUUCAAUCAAAUGCUUAAUUGAGAAGAAUUGAGGGCAAAUAUACACACCAAAGCUUCUCAUAGGUUUUUUGAAAUCAUAUUCCACAUAAACUGUUUAGCAAGUGUUUGAGUCACAGUGCAAUUACAAUAGAAAAACCACAGGUGCAUGGGCCUUUGAAACAUAACUACAUAAGUAUGAUGAAGUGAUCAUGAUGCUUGGAUUGACCCUUUAACAUCUUUACUAAAUUCUUGGAUUGACCCUUUAACAUCUUUACCACCCCCCUCCCUAAAUUUCUUCCUUCCACACCAUAGACCUGUGAGUUUAUUUUCAUAUAAAAUUUAUUAAUUCUAUUUUACAAGUUAAAAAGAAAUUAAACAUAGCAAAUGUAUCAAUUUACUAACCUAUCAUUUUGAAGAUUUGAUAAGGAAAUUGUACUUUGUAUGGUAAAAUUGCCAAAAUGCAAGAUUUUUAACCCUGGUCCCUUUAAAUAACUUUUGGAGCUGCAUCUAUUGAUGUUAGUCAUGCCCCAUGCAUUCUCAGUGUCACUGGAAAGGCACCUAACAGGGGCACAACCAGUGUGUAGAAUGCUUUGAAGCCGUAUAUGGUGUUCCAAUAUGGGGAUGUGGAUACAUACUCUAGUAACAAACUUAGCUCACAAAGUUAUUGGCCUAAUUUGAUGUCAGGAAGUAUUGUAAAAUGUGCUCCAGGUAUCUCCCUUCUGAUAAGGCAGGUCGGGCGAAACGCUUGUGACAAGGGGUCCUUUUAGUGCUACUCAGAUGACCUAAUGCUAGCACACGGACUUGCCACCAUGCUGAUGCUUUUAUUUAUUCAAUUACUCACCUAGCGAUCACACUAAAUUUUCUUAGGGAUCAUGGAAUAAUAGUACACAACAGGACUAGCAAAAGGUGCUCUUGAAGGCAUGAGAGGGACGUUGUUGAGUUUACAGUAGCUAUUAUCUUUUUACUAUCUUGGAAUGUGGGACUUUAUUUAGGUGCCCUUCAAAGUACUGGAGUACUAUCCUAGCCAACCAGACAUCUAGUGUGUCAAUAGACAGAAACACUGUAGCAGAGAAUUGCUACAGCAUCAUAAUUUCUUUUUUGCAAUCAGAUAGCCACCAAGUGUGGAACCAAUUUAAGAAAUUAUUGGCGAAUCACUUUAACGAACCUGAUAUCAAGAGUGGUUAUAGUGAUAGACGCCGGCUCAGGCACGGCAGGACUCUUCUUGUGAUCACCUACGCUAGGACGAUCGGAGUACCCGUCAUUCCAUUAAGAUAGCACUAUUCUAACAUCUACCAAUUGGCUAUAUUAAAACUACAGGUCGUGAUUGGGGUAUAUUAUCUGAGUUUAAUGGGGAAUCUGCCAAUCACAAUUCUUCUCCUCCACCCCCCCACCCCCCCCAUCAAAUUUCUAUUGCUAUGUUAUCUUUCCCGGUUGCUGUAUUUAACUGAGAUAUAUACACUGGCACAGACAUAUGCUAGGCAAUAUCAGGUUUUGUCCCAUUACUUACCAUGAUCCGGUAACAGAUUGUUUUGUUACCUAGCAUAUUUACUUCAACCAGUUUCAACAAAGCAUCAGUAUAUUGCUAUUCCUAUUCAUCCUUAUACCACUAUAAGAGUUAGCUUAAUAUUAUUGUAGAAUAGACUAGUUUGAUAUUUCAAGAUUAACUCUGCAGAAAUAGCAGUUUUUUACAUUCCAUCAUUACUGGUUGACCUUUAUCCAUCUAACACCUGUUAGUUUAUUCACUUUUUGUACACGAGCACCUUGUAUAUUAUAGUUUUACAUUAUAUUUAAUACAAUUUAUUUAUUUUUUCUUUUAUUAUUUUCUCUUCUUUUGUUCCUAGUCUGGAAGCUAUUUUACGGUUCUAUCCUGAAGUUAGCUGGUACUCUUACCAGAGUAUAUUACAUAUCCCAGUCCCUUGUGGUACACUACUCUUUGCUUUUUCAUAUUAGUGCUCCAUGUAGAACCCUGGAGAACAGAAAAUCAACUACCAGUUGUCCCAAGUUGGAGUAUGCAGCACGAUAAUCAAGAUUGUAUGGAUUAAGAGGGGGACACUUAGCACCUGUCCCACUGCAGCUUAACAAAUUCCAUGCAGUAUGUAAUUUGUAAACACUGCUUUUUCUGUGAAAUGAUAAAAUGUGCAAGAUUCCUCUCCACGAUUUCGUCUAUAGAAGGUGAUAGCAUUCAAGAAAAAACUGUACCUGACAUACUUAGUCCUUGGGCUAAUAUACACUUUUACCAAUCAAUAGGCAAGAAAAUAAUCUGACAGCCACCAAUUUGGGGUGAAUCCCCUCAGAAUUCAGUAAAGAACCUUUUGGUAAUAUGUUUUGGAUCCUGGGCUUCAGAGUUAAAAGCCUCCAAUUAAUUCCCUGUCUGGACCUGCCGCUGGUAUUGUUAUAGUUUUAGGGGUGAUUACUCCACUUCUAGAACUCUGCACCACUUUUAAUUUUUAUUAGCAACACUUUAAUAAGUAUCUCUCUUAGUUUGGUUUAAAUUGAUUUCUAGUCAUAUGAGGGCAAGCAGAAAUGGAAUGAGGUGUUAUACGUAUAUAGCUAUAAUAUAGUUUUAACCCCUUAAGGACACAUGACAUGUGUGACAUGUCAUGAUUCCCUUUUAUUCCAGACGUUUGGUCCUUAAGGGGUUAAAGCACUCUAGAGGUACCUCUGUUUGCUUCAGUACAUAAUGUGCACUGCCCUAGAAUGUUCUAACAGACUGCCUUUGAAUUUGAAUGCUAGUGUUAAUGCAGAUAUUGUCUGAGGGUCUUCUUCGUUAAAUUGAGAGUUGAAAGUUUAGCUGCAGAAUAUAAACCAAAACAUCCAAGCUGGAAAAGCAUAAAAUUGUAGAAUUUUUAUUUCUAAUGCUGCUGUUUUGACCUACAAUUUUCCAUCAAGUUGUUUGCUUAUUGUUUAGUCUAUAAGCCCUUGAGAAUUAAAUGAUGGUGACUGAUCCACUUAAAAAGAGGAAGUGGUACCAAUUUAAUUUAGGACACCAAAGGGAAAUUCCAUUACUAUUCUGUUUAAUUGCCGAUGCCCACAUAAAAAUAAUUUAAGGUAAUUUCCUAAGGGGAAUUCUGUUCUGCGCUUACAUAGGUAACUAAAAUAAAUUUACUUGUUAUAUGUUUAGUUUGAUAGUAAUAUCACUAAUGUGCAUAUUUAAAUUAUCCAUCUACUUUCUAUUACGGAUUCUUUGUAAACAAUUUAACAUAGGUUUGCGUUAGAAUUGAUUUGCUGUUGAUGAAUGGAAUAACCAUUUAUACAAUCCUAUACAUGUCAGAUGCAUUGUUUCUCCUAAUACCAACAGCCUAUAAUUUUGUAUUCUUCUGUUCUUUGCUUCCUCUUUGCUCGUAUUAUUUUCUUCAAUAACCCUGGGGAGUGCCUGCCUUGAAAUAGGGUUGUAAGGGAUUCUAUCAAUCAAUUAUACAUUUUUUUUCGAAGCAGACUGUUACCUUUCAUGAUUAAAGGGACACCCCAGCACUAUAAAAACUUCUUUGCAAAUAACUUGUUAUGGUGCGAGAAGAUCUCGAAUGCCAUAUUACCUGAAUAGGUUAAGCCAUUUAUGUUAAUGGUUUAAAACCAAAUUCUGGCCGAAGGCACCUGAUUGCAUUGCCAUUCCACUUCCUUUGAUGGUUGGCGGCUUCACCCAGGAAGCCUCGGAAUGGGCACCGUUGAUAGGCUGGGAGUGUCACCAGGCAUUUUCAGUCAAUCACUCCCCAUUAAAAAAAUGGAGUGAAAAAGAUAUUGAUAGUGUUCUUGUCCUUAAAAGUAACCUUAUGUGCAAAAAAGACAGCCAGGAAGUGCCGAAACUUUGGGAGGAUUAGGGGCUUGAGUUUCUGCAAGAAUAGGCUUGUGUAAGUUUUGGUAAUUUGCUAUUGUUUAAUGUGUUUGCCUUAUUAAUGUCACUUUCAUUUUUUGUCUUAUUGAUUUUGUGCUUCUUGUUUGUUAUACCUUUUUGUGGUUUAAUAAAGCAUGUAUGUGCAUCUCUUAGGAGCAAAUCUAGUACCAUCUCUUUUUUUUCAUAUAUUGGAUUUUGUUUUGGCACUUGAAGGAGUGCUUUGGAGUAUUAGCACCUAGUUAUACAUAUUUUAUUACAUGGUCUCUCCAUACUGUAUUGUUAAAAACAAACAAACCAAAAAAAAAAAAAACAGUUUAGUGAAUUCCAUCCAGAUAUGGACAAAAUUGAUAUAUCUAAUGCUACAGGAAAACUUCCACUUUAGCAAUACCUGUGAGUAGGGCUGAGUACAUACACCCAGAUUAGUGUCAAAACCAGUCUUGUGCUGUUGUGGGUUAUGGUGCUUAGAGUGCACUGUUAAUAAAACUAUGUCUAAAACAGAUUAGCUGUGUACCACCAAAGAAAACACGUAUGUAAAUCUUUUUUCAUGGUUUUCUCUUCUUUUUUGUUUUUGUUUGGGGUGGAUGUGGGGGAGGGUAUAUGAAAUCUAAAACUUGCAAAAGCUGUAGCUCUUCCCUUCCCCAGCAUAGACUUUGUGGGGGGAAUGACCAGUCAGUGACUGUAUGUCCUCACACUUGGGGAGGGGGAACUGAUCCAGGGACUUAGACACUGGAAUUAGGUAAGUGAGAGAGAGGCUAUUUAACCCUUUAAUGACCUGGGGGGAGGGAUACUAUAGUGAUAUCAAUACAGCUUUGUCUUCCUUUAAGCAUUAUUAAAUGCAAUCCUCCUUGGAAUAUUGCAAAGUGUGGCAUUCUGAACAUUUGACACUUGUAGAGUUCACUUUGAGAUAAUUGGUCCUUUGUCUUCUAAUUUCAAUAUAGCACAAUUUCCACUGUGGACAUGCAUCUGCUAAUUUAUUUCUCAAAAACUUCUUGUAUAUACCUCACUAAUAAGAAAAAGUGUUAGUUGUGACUGGUUAGUGUAUUCUCCACAUUAAUUAACACCUUCUUUGGCACAGAGGCUCACAGUAAGGCCGUGUUUUCUGUAGUUACAGAAAACCUCAAGAGGGUCGAUGUGUGAAAGCAAAGUAUUUUUCAGAGGAAUAAAAAAAUUGUUACUAGAUUUAACAGAGAUUCUUCCACAGAGCUGUUCUAGUGCAGCAGCCUGUGAUGCCCUGUGUGUAGCACAAAUGCUUGGUGUACGUAAAAUAUGAGGGUGUUUUGCCUCCAUAUAAAGACAUUUUUGUGUUUUAGUUCCAUAUUUAGGAAUCCGCAUUCCUACAAAUUCCAUUAGGUUCAAAAAAAAACCCAGCAGCAAGUUAUUUGCCCAUUUUUGUUGCACAUACGAUAAGUAACAAAUUUGGUUGUUUGUGUUUCAAUGGCAUUAUUUUCUGAAAUAUGGGACAUGAUGGACCAUAUCUCUUUAGAAUUACGGGUGGGGGGAGGGGAGUAGUUUUAGUAUUACUGUAAUGCAGAAGUAUAUAUGUAAAUCUUUGUUUACAUUAAUAUGCUAGCUACGUGUUCCAUAUUUCAAAUACAUUAUAUGCUACUUAAAAAAAAAAAAAAUAAAAAAAAAUUAAGUUGGAAACUUUUGUUAUUGAAUGGGUUAUCUUUUCUAACACCUACACAUAGAAGAAUACUUUAAAGGAACACUACUGCGUUAAGAAUAAAUUUUUGUAUUUUAAAGGACCACUCUAGGCACCCAGACCACUUCAGCUUAAUGAAGUGGUCUGGGUGCCAGGUCCUUCUAGGGUUAACCCAUUUUUUUAUAAACAUAUCAGUUUCAGAGAAACUGCUCUGUUUAUUAAUGGGUUAAUCCUUCCCCCAAAGCCUCUAGUGGCUGUCUCAUUGACAGCCACUAGAGGCGCUUGCGUGCUUCUCACUGUGAUUUUCAGAGUGAGAGCACGCCAGCGUCCAUAGGAAAGCAUUGUAAAUGCUUUCCUAUGCGACCGGCUGAAUGCGCGCGCAGCUCUUGCCGAGCGUGCGCAUUCAGCAGACUGGGAGGAACGGAGGAGAGCUCUCCGCCCAGCGCUGGAAAAAGGUAAGUUUUUACCCCUUUUCCCCCUUCCAGAGCCGGGCGGGAGGGGGACCAUGAGGGUGGGGGCACCCUCAGGGCACUAUAGUGCCAGGAAAACGAGUAUGUUUUCCUGGCACUACAGUGGUCCUUUAAUGCUAUUGUGCCCUGGCCAUCAUUUAGGUGGCCAAGACAGUCUUCCAGGAUCAAAAAAGGGUAUUUCUUGCCUUUUCUCCCUCGCAGCUCUGGUCGCUGGCAUGUAGGUCUGCCUCUCGGAGAUCAUUGAGAUUGAUGAUUUCAGCCAAUCCAAUGCUUUCACAUAAGUAAGCAUGGGGAGGCUAGUGUGCAUACAAGGCAAAACAUUCCUUUAGUGUUCCUUUAGAGUUUCACAAUGAGGAAUGAUAUCUUAAAGGACCACUAAAGUCGCCUAGACCACUUAAACUCAAGGAAGUAGUCGGGGUGCAAUGGUCUUGUUGUUUUAAUCCUGCAAUUUAAAACACUGCAGUUUUGUAGAAACUGUAAUUUUUACGUUGCAAGCUUAAAAACACCUCUGGUGGCUUUUUCCAGACAGCCUCAAGAGGCGCUUUCACUGCACUGUCACGUGAGGUUGCAGUUCAUAGGAAAGCAUUGUGUGUGUGCACGAUAUUCGAUUGGACAUCAGAGACCCGAAUGAUGUAACGUGAGGAAGCGCUGGAGAAGCGAUAAGUCUAAAACCUUUUUCAGUUUUGUUUUUUUAACUGAAAUGGUGGAGGUAGAGGUACCCAACUCUAAUCCUCAACUAGGACACUAGCAUUUGGAAUACAGGUUUGUAUUCCUAACGAUAUAGUGUUUCUUUAAUAUGAACAGAGACUAGAUGUAAAGUGGGUCCUACUCAGAUUAAAGGGCUAAACCAUAUUACAUGUACCAUAAAGUAUAGAUGUAAUUUUGUGACCUAUUAAAAAAACAAUCCAUUUUCCUGGCACUGCAGGUCCCCUCUCCCUCCCACCUCCCAAUCCCCGGUUGCUGAAGGGGUGAAAACCCCUUCGGUGACUUACCUGAGACCCCCGCCGAUGUCCCUCGGCGGUGGUUACUUCUCGCAGCCGCUGCUCCCAGUCUUUACGUCAGCCGGUGGGCAACACUGAUCCCGCCCACCGGCCAGGGAGACCUAAUGCACAUUAGAGCUCCCCAUAGGAUAGCAUUGAAAAUGCUUUUCAGUGCUUUCCUAUGGGGAAUUGAGCGAUGCUGGAGGUCCUUACACAGCGUGAGGACGUCCAGCGAAGUUCUAGCACAGGUUUUCUGUGCUAUAGAGCAGGAAGUGCCCUCUAGUGGCAGUCUACUAGACAGCCACUAGAGGUGGAGUUAACCUUGCAAGGUAAUUAUUGCAGUUUAUAAAAAAACUGCAAUAAUUACACUUGCAUGGUUAAAGGUAGUGGGAGUUGGCACCCAGACCACUCCAAUGGGCAGAAGUGGUCUGGUUGCCGGAGUGUCCCUUUAAGUGGCAACAGGCUAUCUCUUCACCAACAAGCACAUUCUACUUUCUGGUAGAAGGGAUCAAUAGGUUUUCUCAAUAAGUGGGCAUUUAGAUCUUAGGUUUAGAGUUUUCGAACAAAAUAGUUUUCACAAUCUCAGUAGAGACUGACUACAAUAGAAUCUUUAUAGAGUUAUUUCUUUUAAAUAUUUAUUACUUUAUUUCCAUCAUAUUUAAUGACAGAACUGUCCUGAAUAUAAUUUAUGUACUAAAACUCAAAGUUGUGCAUUCCAGUAAAAUCUAAAAGGAUGCAUAGAAAAUAAAACUGAGCAGGGAUACAUUUUCUUUUUGAUGCCAAAUGUGUUGUUUAACUGGAAUGAAUUGUUAGGAAUUAUAUUAUCGGACUGGGAUGCAGUGUCAUUCAGUGACACAAUAUUUAUCAGUUUAAUGUCUGGCGUGACCUUCAACAACUAAUGCAAUGUCUGGCAUGAUUUUCCCCCACCUAAUGUUUUAUGCCAACGUUACAAAGGAAUGCCAGAUCUCCUUCAGGAAAAAUAAAAUGACAUUUAUGGUAUUUGCAAGGGAAAUUGCAAAUAGAAAGCAUGCUUUAAAUAUUGUCUAGCAGUAACACAUUUUUUUCUAAAUACAAAAUACAGCGCAGACUUGGUUUAACCUUUGGAAUGUUAAUGUCUGUGGAAUGCCCACCCUGUCUGGUUAUCCAUCUGUGUUCUAGUGUUACCACCUAUCUGGGCAUACCCCAGGUAUGUGAUAGAUUGUUACAUGCCAGCGCUGCUGCUGGCAUUCUAGAAGGUGCCCAUCCUCUACCUGUGAACACCCCUGACCAGGGAGCCCAUUGCUGAUGGUGGUUGUUAUUUAUUGGGGUGAGGUGGCUGCCAUCCCUAUCAGUGUGCGGGCCUGCUGAUCCGGCAGAUGGGUGGGAGUGUGUGUCUGAAUCCAUGCCAGGGGAGGAGGCAUCAGACAGCUGAAGCACCUGCCCCUCCUCCUCCUUUUCCAGUGGAUGGAGCGGCCGCAGUGAGCUGGCUCUGGGCACACUAGCCGAGGAGGAGGCGACGCGAUGGUGACACCGGGCCGGCCCUUGUGUGCGAGCUGCGGCCGGUCCUUGUCAGCAUGACUGUGCGCCCGCCGCGCCCCCACUGCUCGGUGCUCAGCUGCUUUGUGAGUCUCCCAUCCUUGUGUGCAGGGACCAGCAAUAGCAUGGAGCAGGGCUGGGUGUAGACCGGGGGAGGGGAGAGCUAUACCCACCCCGUGCAGUCAGCUUGGCCGGGGCAUGUUCCGGUUUGUGUACAUUAUCCCCACACCUCCAUGUCGGGGUUCCAUACCCUUUUCCCAUGCCGAGUAGUAGAUUGGUUGCGUAAGGUGUUUCUAAGUGUAUGAGGUGAUGGGGUGAGUGUUUGUUGUGUGUUGCAGUGGGGAUACAAUCCUGUACAUUGUGUUUGUGGUGGUGGUGGUGUGGUUCAGAUGUGUGUAUUGUUUUGCCCAACCCAUACACCCCAUUCUGGAGAUGGGAGGAAUGAUCUAGUUUUGACUGCUGAACACAUUGCAGGGCAACAUGACUUUGGGGAUUCCCACAGGCCAGAACAUUACAAAGCAGUAUGUGUGAUGGAUGCCUUUGUUAUCAUAUUGCCCAUUAAGGAAUAGAUUAAAAACUAUGUUUUGUUUUCAUUUUUUUUUUUACCUAUGGUGACUAUAGCUCUAGGUAAUUAUCAUUUUUGCUUACACAUGGUGCAUGCAUUCUUUGUGCUUCCUGCAUAUCAAAAUGCUAUCACACCCAUUUUUAGUGGUUCACCUGUUGUGAUGGAAACGGCGUUGCAACACUUUAUCUGUGUCAGUUAUACAAUAGCAACUAACCUGGCAGUGAAUGGGUUUUGAAAUAGUUUAUAGUUAUGUUCAAUGUUUUAUGGGGCAUUAAAUGUUCUUUCACAGGAAUAAAAGGUACUUUAGGUAAUAGGUGAUCUGUCCUUUCCUUGCAUGAGUGAAUAGUAAAAUUGUGUGUAAUGUAAGUGCUGCAGUCCUUUUACCUAUGUAGAGACAUCAACAGUGAUCUUCCCUGUACGUCAUCCAAGUACAUAAUUGAUCUUGGCUUUCAGAAUGUUCUGUUACAGUUUUCUCUGGACAGGAAUAACUGAAUGAUCAGAUGAUCUUCUUCUAGCACAGUUUGUGUGCUGCAGUUCCUUACAGCAGAAUACAUAAAAUGGCAUGAUGAUAAUUCUUUUAUUGUUUGCAUUUAGCAGGUUGAGCGUCAUGGGAAAUGUUGCCCAAACUCUAUGGAUCUGCAAGGUGUUACAUUUCAUUCAUGUAACCAGUUUAUUAUUUGUAAAUCUUCUUAGAAAGUUGCACAGUAUUUUGGCUAUUAGUUCAAGUAAACACAAUACUACUAUUGUACCAGAUUAUGUAUUUUCUUAAUCUACCCACAGGUUUACAAAAUGUUAAAAAUGGCUAUCUACUUCACCUCACAGCCAUGACACAUCUGUAUUACUUAGCACAGUCUCUAUUAAAUUCUCUAGAAAAUCAUAUGCUCUGACUCAUAAAUUUCAUCAACAGAUCUGAAAGUUACCUUAAAACUAGCGUUUAUGUUCACUUUCCUCUCACACUUUGUUUGUGCUUGUUUAUGGUCGCUUCUCUCCAUUGUGUGUUAUCCCUUGUUUCUUCUCAGUUCUAAUUUCAUAGCUGCAUGUUUUCUAAUCCAUAUUAAAAUAUUCCUCUUCAUUUAUAGCUUUCUUCUCUCUGCUACAUAUAAAUUCACCCUUCCAAUUUUAGUUCCCGUUCCUUUCCUUGCUGAUCUCACACCGGCCAUAUCCAUAAUCUAAACUUCCUUCUUCUUUACUUCUCCCAGUUCCUACAUCAACAUAUUCCUGUUCUACCUUCACAUUAAUCAUGUUUUCUACAGAUCAUAAUUCACUUCAUAUCCUUCACAUUAGUCUCUCUCCUUACUGUAUCAAUUACCAUAUUUCUCACCAUAUUGCUCCCAUCUCUAUUUUAGCCCUGUAUGUCAAAUUUCUUCCACCUUCAUUCUGUUUCUCUUCUCCUGACAUCAAUUCAAAAUUCAGCCUGGGCAUUUUUAAAUUACAUCGGCCCACUAAAAAGGGUGUGGGGCCAGAUAAGGUGUGUUUUGUCAUCACCAAUGACAAGCACGCCCCAUCACAAAGUGAGCAUGUUGGUUCAAUGCUCUUCCAGGGCAGACCAUGAGCUCUGAUGAAGCCCUCUGAUGGACCCUAUAUUUGUUCUGCACAGCACAAGCAAAUUUAAUAAUAUGCUUGCACUGUGUUAGCUUGAAAUUUGUCUCUAGUGUCUCCAUAUAUGGGAUACCAGGAGACAAAAAUGCCAGGAAAGAGUAUUGUGCAGUGUGUGUGUGAUGGGUUCUGUGUGUAUGUGAUGGGUGCUAUGUGUGUGUAAGGAAGCUGUGUGUGAGGGGUGCAGUGUGUGUGCUGUGUGUGAGUGAUGGGUGCUGUGAGUGUCAGGGUUGCAGGGUGUGUGUGUGUGUGUGAGAGAGAGGUUACUGUGAGUGUCAGGGGGUGCAGUGUGUGUGUGAGGGUGCUGGGAGUGUCAGGGGUGCUGUGUGUGUGAGUGUGAUUAUAUCCCCCCUCCCUUUAGCACAGGAUUUGCUCUAUAGUCUGACACUUAACAUUUCACUGAAGUGAAAGUGAUUGUUUUAGAGCUUAUCAAUAUAUCAACCUGCAGUAUGUUUACUGAGUAAAGCUUCAUGACACACUCUCCUUUUUAAAUGUUAUGUUUGUAAAAAUCAGCAAAACCAUCAUGAAGCCAAUUAAAGAACAUUUUCAGGAUUUUAGCUGAAAACCAGAAAAACUUUUAUUUAUUUAAAAAAAACAAAAACAAACACACAACAAAUUCCCAAACAUGCCCUUUCACCUGUGUGUGUGCAGCAGGUAAAGUGAACAGUUAUAGAUAAAAUUUAGCAAUAUCUCACAUGUGUUUUAGUGAUACAAUUCACUUUGCAAACAUGAGUACUUUAUACUAAUAAAGAUAAGCAAUCUUAGGUUUAGGUCAUUUUCUCUAUUCAGUUGAUAAUUCUAGCCAUAGAUUGUAUAGCUUGACACAGAUAACCUUUGUAUACAAAUUAGUCUUCCUGUGAACAAGCACUGUGUCAAUGCAUAUGAUGUUGUCUUGCUGCAAUAAAUAUAUGUACUGUAUAUACAUGUACAUAAAAAUGCCUUACACGUAAGAUAUUUAUUUUUAUUAUUGUGCAAUAGGGUGAAGAGCCUCCCAGUCUAGAAUAUAUUCAGGCCAAGGAUCUGUUUCCGCCAAGGGAGCUGGUGAAGGAGGAGGAUAAACUGCAGGUAAGGAUCAGACACUGGGUGCAGUCCGCUUCAUGUUAGAACAUGCAAUCUAUAGCUGUAACUCUAUCGGUCUAUGUCUUUGAUUCAUUUUGGUAGCUUCUAUAAAUACUACUCUUUUGUAAACACUGAAGUAACCUGGGAUUUCUAAAUCUUGAGUAGUAGAAUGCAUUCUUAGCAUUUUGUAGCCUCUUCUUUUUGAGCCGCCACCAAAGUAAGGCUUCUUAUGCAGUAACUAAAACAAAAAAUAUAUAUAAUAGAGAGAGUGCAAAAGAUACAAAUAUUUGAAUCAUUUAAUAAAAAUAAAAUGAAUAAAAAGGCUGAGGAGAUGAACCUCAUCUUAGUAGAAAUACCUCUCGAGAGGUAAAGUUAGUGAGGAAUAUACAAACUGGUAAAUUAUAGAUAUUCUUUAUAUAUUCCACGCUGGUUUUAGAGAGGUAUAUCUACUAAGGUACAUUAAAUGUCUCCAAACUUUAUAUAUUUUAUAUUUAAUAGAGGCUUCUAAUAUUUUAUCUUUUCAAUCUCCCGUAUUAUAUUUUUUGUUAGUCCCAAGUUCAGUGGUGGCUGCAAUAUCAUUAUUAUAUUUUAUUUGGUAUGGGUAUGUAACAGAAGCCUUUAUUUGAUAUAUUAUUAUUAUAACUUCUGUUAAUUUUAUUUUGGAGGUUAUUCAAAAACUCAAAUAGACUUGUAAAAUAAAUCAUGUCUAACAUAUUUUUUUUCUCAGUUUGGUUGCUGCUCAGUUUAUGUACAAUAGAUGAAACAUUUCCCCCUGUUUUGUGAAUAAAGUAAUGUACGUCUGUUACCUUGAAAGUAAGAUCUAUGUUUCUUUCUGACUGGCUUUGGACAGUCUUGUUUUACAGACUGGAGAUGGCUUCCUUGUUUCUCAAAGUAAUUGCAUAGAUAAUAAAAUAGGUAAUAAAAAUAAAUAACUAAUGUUAACAAAAAGAUCAACUACUGGGUCUGUAGAAACUACGGAACCAAGACACCAGUGGGACACACCAGGAGUAUCCAAGAGCUUAAUCCUAUAUGAAUAUAUGAGCACGUUCUCCCACAAAGUGAGAAGUCCCUCAAAUAGAAAAUGUACAAUAGUGUGCUUAAAUAGUUUGAUCCAACCACAGAAUUACCUAGUAACAAAUUACUUAAAAACUAAAGCUCAAUCUAACCUGGUUCUUAUCCUGCAAACAAUCCCUAAGUCAUGUAAUAACCUAGGCAAUAUGUAGAAGGGUGCACUUUGAAAUUAGAUAAGGAUUUAUAAGCUCAGGACAGUGUACCCGGCAUAUUGCACAAUCAGUAUAGCAUGGUGAGAAUUGAAUGGAAGUUCUUCCACCUCUCCUAAAUAUGUAGAGUCUCUAAAUAGCACUGCAUAGUCCCAGAUAUGAUUCAAUAUAGAUCUUCUCAUGUCCCUGAUACAAUGUAAAUGUAUGGGGGAGGACAAGCAACAUACGUAUCUGUAGAGAAUAAUUGGAAAAAGUGUUCAGCAAUAGGAGCCUUCAGCUACCUGCUAAAGACACAGAGAAAGUGGACAGAAGGUUGCUAACUAGACACGAUAAGGAAUAAAACGAAAUAAGUAGAAAAGUUAAAGGAACAUUAUCAAAGUGACAAGUGAGUUAUGUGCCAAAAACUGAACAGUGAGUAAUAAUGUCAUUUAUACUUCAAUAAGAAAUGUUACCUGUAAGGGAUCACAUUUGGUUUUCUUUCUCUCUUAUAACUCUGUUGAUUACAUUUAUAAUUGAGGAAUGGAGCAGCAAAUAAUUUUCGAUUUAUUGACAUGUCCUUUAAUUUUAAAUCUUCCUAAAAGAGAAUCCAAGAAUUGGCCAGCCACAUUUAUAGUGCACUGAUCAAACAGCCUUUGCAUCCAUUGGAUAAGCCAAUUGCAAAACUGCGAGAACUUUAAUUGAAUUAUUAAAAUAAAAAAAAGUAAAGCAAUUACUGCGUUUCAGGCCAAGUAUUACUACCAGCAAAGGCAUUUAGCAUGGAGAUAUUAGACCAACGAGUUGUGAGAAUGGGACUCCUGGUAUUUUAAACUGAGGUAAAUUCUUUUGUCACAAGCUUUACUAUAGUAAUUGUGUCUAGUGCAUUAAUUCACUUUGCAAUUGAAAUAUGACAUAGAUGAACUCUAUUAAAUGUAAAAAGUAUUUUAUAGAUUUCAUUAACCAAAUCGCUAGCAGAUGGAUAGAUAAUUAAUUAGGUAAAUACAGUAAUCUAAUCUACAUGCUUUUAUAAUUCAGAGAGCAGUAAAUGUGUGCAAGGAGUUAUCACAUAGUACUCGUGGUAUCGAGAGAAUACAUUGAGACCUACCAAGCAAAAAGCAGAUGUACGUGCAACUGCACUAUUUGAGUAGAAGGAAGUUCGAUUAUAUACUAGAAAUAGGAGAAUAGCUGUACCUUCAGGCCACUUAGGAUAACUGCCAAAUAAUUAGUAGCUGCACCCAUUUCCCAUUUUUUUCUAAGCCAACAGUGUGGUGCACUAACCCUCUUUUUAAGUAGAAUUAACACUUUCUACAGCAGUUGUUGUAAUGCUAGAGGAAUUUUGUAAUGUUAUCAGAGUCCGCCCUCAGGUAUAGACGUUGGCGUUAGCGGUUAAGGUUAUGCGAUAUUAGUGUGAUAAUGUAGUAGAGAGCAGGGUAGGACACAGAUAAUGGAGUUGCGCUUAGAAAAUAGGAAGGAACUGUGCCACCAGAGUGGGUAGAUAAAGUCUCCAAACACUCCACCAGUGGUCUGUAAUCCAUAAUGCUAUUAUGGCACAAAAUCUUAAAGGGAACUGUCACUUCUCAGGAAAUUACACCAUUGCUUAAAACAUUAGAAAUCAUCUAUAACUUGUAGUAAGCUUUUUUCACCUUCGUCGUCUUCUCAUCUUUUUUUCUUUUAAAUGUAUGCUAAGGAGAACCUGUUAUGAAAAAAUUAGCUUCCCAUAAAUCGCUCCGUUCCAGCUCCACUUCCUGGAAACACUGCACACCCAGAGAUAUAUUUGUGUGCUGGGGUCAAAUGUGACCUAGUCAGCCUAGAACUGUUUCAGGCUGCCUGGUUUCAAUUCUGUGCAUAAUUUACAUCUGUUGUCAGCUCACAUUGCCAACAGACAAAACAGCUGCAAGGGAGAAGCUCUUGUUUUUCCUCUCUCCCUCCCACCCACACCGAGGGAAGUCCUUUCGCCGCCCUAUUCCAUCCAUAAUUUUUGUAAUUGUCCGCCCUCUCUCCUGCUCCAUUCCCACCCUUUGCGGGCUCAGAGCACGUGUAUGCAUUGAGAAGCAUUAGGCCUUUGAUUGGACCUUGAGGCGGCACCUGUGACGUCAUGGGAUUGAGAUAAGUUAAUCUCCUCUUAGAACGCUCUUUGAGGGAAACAAUAGGACAUUAUUCUAUUUUGUACAAAAUAAGGGAGAAAUCAUUUAAUUCGGUGGUUUUGGUAUAAGAAUACUGUUCAUUUUUCUAUGACACUGUAAAGCAUUGCUGUUUUAGCGAAACAGCAAUGUUUACAUUUUGUCAAAAACCUGCUUCUAGUGGCUAAAUUUCCUGAGGUUGCAGAGUUCCCAUUGUGCUGAAGGGAUGCAAGAGUAAGAGAUAUAAUGUAAAAUAAUUAUACAGACUUCAUGAUAAUGGCAAGUUGCACGCAGAGUAGUAAUUAUAUGCACCUUAGUUUGUUUGUUUUUGCUUUUUUAGUUUUUAUUGCUCUCUUAGGGGUUUUCCUUUCACUCCGUUCGAUACAGCUUCUGCGUCAUAUUUAAUCUAUAGGUUGCUUUUAGGUUCAUCGACUAAUGCAUUUUGAUUUAAAAAAGCCAGCUAUUCUCACCAGCACCUUUCUUCAAAAUCACUUAUUGAGGCAUUUUGAUUUAGUGUGAAACUGCACUACAGGGCUCUGUAACUAUUGUGACAAUGUUGAAAUAUACAUAGAGAUAAAUGGUAUUGGGCAGCACUGCCCAGAACAUAUAUUCCCACUGAAAUCCCCCUAAUUUAAACAAAAUAUCCGGAUGAGAGUUAGUGCCCAAGUUAAAAUAUGAGGGUUUAGUCACAAUAUGUAGCUUACUGUGUUUCCCCAAUAUUAAAGUAUCAAUAAGUGUCCUGUGGUGCUGGAAUACAAACUUGAAUGUUUAUGUAUAAUUAUCCACAACAGAGCAAGACAAACCCAUAGUAUAUAUUACUAUAUGUUCUAUAUAUAUUCCUUAAAUGUAUUUCUAGUUUGAUUAUACUGUGGUUAAAAUUAUGUUGCAUGUUAAGUACUAUCAGAAAUGCAUAUUUUAGCCUUUUUCAUGUGCUAUACUCCAGAUUCAGUAAUGUUAACAGAAAAAAAGAAAAAUCUAUUCUACUGGCGGAAUGGCUACUAUUUUGCUCGCUGCCUGUUUUACAUUAUGCUCAGCCAGUCAAAGGAAAGGUCAUUAUUCUGUCCUAUAUUGCAUAUUUCAAUUUAUUAGUAGUAGUGUUAGUUGGCAGAAAAAUAUGGGGAAAUAAUCCAUUAACAGCUUGUUGGUUCAAGGUUUCAGCAUUUUAAUAAAUAUAUAAAAAAGCGUCAACAAAAAAAUGCCUCUUAUCUGAAAAAGGAAACUUGUUUAGUCUACUUGCGCAUCUUUGUUUUUGUUUUUGUUUUUUUAUUCUCCCUCUUUAGUCAGAUUGAGUGUCUCUACAUGUUUGGGGGCUGUGGGCUUUUUUGCAAAGGGUAUGUUUAAGAUGAUUUAUUUGCAGAAUUUGUUGAUUCUAUAUAAUUAUAUGAUUAUGUAUAUGCAAUCUUGUUUGCAGUGGCUAGUGAAUUUUUUGAUUUAUAAUUAUAAGCAGAACUAUAAAAGUGGUACUUUCCACAAAAGAAACGAAAAUACAAGGAGAUGUAUUCAUACCUUACUUAAUAUGUUCAAAUUAAGACAUGAUAGAAACCAACAGAUACAUUCAAGAAUUAAAUAAACCCAGAAAAAGAAGGAUAUUGCAAAAAUAAUGAUAAUGCAAGGAGAUUCUCACUAGGUCAUCCCUCCUUGACACAGUUGCACAUGACUGCAGCAAUUUGCAAAACUCACCGCUUUGAACCUGACCCUUCGACGCAUGAUGUCAGUAGAGGAAGUCCAACUUCCUUCUUUGCCUUUGUCUCUGUUAUGAGAUUCUGUACUGACAGACUUGCAAAACAAUAACCACUGAUAGCAGCACCCAUGUUCAUAGUUAUAUAUGAAAAGUCUAAAAUAAAAUUGUUUAACCAAUAGCCUGCCAGAGGAAAUAGUAAAGGCUAAAACUAAGAAUGCUUCUGGUGUGCAUAAUUUUAUCCUAUAAAAUAAGUAUUACAUCUACGAGGCUGCAGCUGAGAUUUUCUGUAUGCAUGACUCAUGCGGAGUACAGAAUUCUGUAUGCCUUAUCUUUCACAUGCUCAGGUUUUGUUUAAAUGGACCGCUACUAUACCAAGUUAAACUGCACUUAACUCAAUGCUCAAUACAGAUUAUUUAUUUAAUCUCGAAAUAUUUCAGAAUGGGCAGGCUAGGUGGGCCAGUUAGUCAUUUUCUGCUGUCACAGUCUGGGGUCUCAAAGUUCCAGCCCCUAAAUACCUGUCAUGGAAUAGUGAGGUAUGUCCACGCUAUGGGCAUAUCUGUUAAACUGACAUUUAAUGUGGAUAAGUGAAAGAUAAUGCACCUUGGACGUAAAAACCCAAGGGCAGAGUAUAGGAUAUUUUAUACCCUACUAACCUCAACAUCUGAGGAAAGGGAUUUUGGAGUAAUUAUUUCAGAUGACUUAAAGGUAGGAAGACAAUGUAAUAGAGCAUCAGGAAAUGCUAGCAGAAUGCUUGGUUGUCUAGGGAGAGGUAUUAGCAGUAGAAAGUGCUCAUGCCAUUGUACAGAACACUGCUGAGACCUCACCUGGAGUAUUGUACGCAGUACUGGAGACUGUAUCUCCAUGAAGGAUAUUGAUAAUUUAGAGAGAGUUCAGAGAAGGGCUACUAAACUGAUUCAUGGAUUGCAGGAUAAAACUUACCAGGAAAGGUUAAAGGAUAUUAACAUGUAUAGCUUGGAGGAAAGACGUGACAUGGGGGAUAUGAUAGAAACAUUUAAAUACAUAAAGGGAAUCAACACAAUAAAGGAGGAGACUAUAUUUAAAAGAAGAAAAACUACCACAACAAGAGAACAUAGUCUUAAAUUAGAGGGACAAAGGUUUAAAAAUAAUAUCAGGAAGUAUUACUUUACUGAGAGGGUAGUGGAUGCAUGGAAUAGCCUUCCAGAUUAAGUGGUAGAGGUUAACACGGUAAAGGAGUUUAAGCAUGUGUGGGAUAGGCAUAAGGCUAUCCUAGACUUCAGAUAAGGCCAGGGACUAAUUAAAAGUAUUUUGAAAUAUUGGGCAGACUACAUGGGCCGAAUGGUUCUUAUCUGCCGUCACAUUCUAUGUUUGGUAGCCAAGGAUUGCUGGUGGUCUGGUCCACAUCAGGGCGGUGAUCAUUCCCUUAUUUGCUUUGGUUUAGGAGGCUGGCCAACUAGGACCUAUUGUUUGCCUGUGCUGUGCAUCUCUGGCAGCAUCAGUAGCAUCAAUUGCUACUAUCAUAUUCUAAAACUUCAGUGAAGAGACUUUGGUGCACAUAGCUUAGGAAAAAGGCCACAGCCGUGCUACAGUUGCUGGGGAGGAGGAGCAUGUAGUGUGUGUUUGUGUAUAGCUGUGUAUGUACUAGGUGGGCAUAGAAUAUCUUCAUGUAGCAGUGUGAGCAAUUUUUAUGCUUUUUAUUCUCUUCACAUUACUGCUGCCCUAGCAAUUGUUUAAUUGCUAAGCUUUAUUCAUUUUUUUUUUUUUUUUUACUUUUGUAGCUGUGUAUGGUAGUGUGUAGAGGUGUGGUGAGUACUGAUUUGUGUGUGCCGGAUUGCAUCUGGUAGUAGAUCAUCUUUGGCUUUUAUGAAACCCUACGGUGUGGCAGUGGUGCCCUGUUAAAUUGACUUUAAGUUUACAGGCUUUGGGUUUUUAUUGUGUUUUCAACUAGUAUAUUAUUAGCAAAUAGAAUUUGUUUUUAAAUAGGGCAAAUGAGGACAGCUCUGGUUAGUGCUGAAAGGGUGCAUACCGUCCCCAGUUUUCACCCAUUUCCUGUGCCUGAUUACUGUGAGAGCAGUAAGACCGCACUCUGCUAGAUCACAAAUACAGUUAUUAGCCUGGAAAACACAUAAGAGCUGAAAUGUUAUUACCAAGUGCCAAUUACUGACUCAUGCUGAAAAGGACAUUAAAAUUCAAGCCAUCAUACUCAAAGCUGGACAGUAGGGAGGAAAUAGUUUUCUGUUUGAAUUACUCAGUAUGGUAAGACAAGAGCCAAACUUGGCAAUGCAAUACAUUAUAAUUAAGUGUUCUUGCAUAGCAAGACCACUUAAUGUUAUCUCACAUAUAUAUUAUUCUUAUUAUAGCCAAAUUUACCACCCUAACUCCUCCCACAGUUUUUACACUACAUAGUAAUAUACCGAAACGUGCGGAUUGUUCCCGAUUGGAUUGCUAUUACUUUGUGGAACAUUUUGCCGAAUGGUUCACGGAAUAUCGUCGUUCUUGUGGAGAAAUUGGUACCAUAGGAAUGAAUGGCAAAAUGUUAAAAACUAGAGUGGGAGCUGGCAAAAGCUGAAAAAUCAGGACAUGAUUUCUAAACUGCCACCACUCCCUUAUUUUCAGGCCCACCUACACAAAUCUUAUAUCAAAACGUUCAGCUAUCCCUGCUGCCACUAAACAUGUCAACGGCUAAGCCAUAGUCCUGAUAGUUUUCACAAUAUAAUCAUUUGUUUGCAACUAACGCCGUCCAUUGACAUUCAUUGAAACUUCACUCUACAAAGCUCAAAUUUGAAGUGCAAUUUCUAAACUGCGACUGUGCCUUCAGUUUUAAUAUUUCAGAGACAUACUAUGCAUUAAAAUGUAGGUCUGUUUCUUGUGAUUCUCACAAUAUAAAGCUCUUCGCUGUAGGAUAGUUUAUAGUUUUUAAAAUACGACCGUUUGAAGAUGGCAGCCACCAAAAUACUCUGACCUGUGCCAGGCUGGAGCAGCAAGUGAUGUCAUAGACAGGGCCUUUUGUACACCUGCUAAUGUUUUUAUAAAUAUGUUUUUUUUUUUUAUAAAUUCAUUAUUUUGAAAACAUUUUUUUGGGGGGAUGAGGGUACAGAAAGGAAAAUAGGGGGUUAAGGUUUGCGGUGCAAUUUUCUCAGAACAUACAUGCGUUUAUGAUUUUAUGAUGGCAAUCAAGCACUUUGAACAUGUGUACAUGUCUCACAUCUGUGGUUUCAGUGUAUAUUGUUUGCUUGUGAAUACAUUCUCUGUACAUGUCAACUUUUAUUAGUUUUGGUCUUAAAGUUGGGUUGGGGUACAGAAAGGCGGAGGGAGGGGAGUAGGGUGCAUUGUCGUGUAUAUUUCUCAUGUAGCUUUUCUAUUUGGUAAUUCUUUGUCUUGUUUUCAAGGUGUGAGGGGGGUAUAUGAAGGAGAGGGUGGAUGUAAUGGUUGGGGUAUACAUGUCAUGGAUCAUCCACAUAUAGUUGGAUUUCUAUGCUAGGUUUGGAGUAGCAUAGAGGUAGUUGUUUGCAGGAGUGUAUAUUGUAAGUUUCCACCAUUAUACAAUGGAUUUGUUCUGCUGACAAGUAUCAGUUUUAGAUAGGAGCGGUGUGGGUGUUUCGGUCAUUUGUCCGUCUCUAAAGUCUUGAGUUGGUUCGAUGCGUGUAGUGGUUUCGUGGAUUGCGUUAUCUGCCUGCUGUUAUGUGGUUCUGGAUUUGUAGGCUCAGGCCUUAUGUUGUCACUUGGGGGUUUGUGGGCUUCUAAGUAGUGUGGUCGAGUAGCAUUGUUUGUGGGUUAAUAGGUUGGUCUCUUUGUUGCUGCAUUGAUGUGCUGAGUGUGUUUUAGUGGAAGUGUUCUUGGGAGUGAGGGGAUGGGGGGGGGAGGGAAAGGGGAGGUGCCCCAGUAGUGUUUAGGUGGUAUCCCGUGGCGCUGACGUUUUCCAGUGUGGGUGUUUCGGUGUCUCGUCAGGGUGUGAGUGAUGCCUUUUGUGGGUCAGGUGGGUAGUCUGUUGAGAAUGUUAUAUGCUGUUUUGGAACUUGUUCGGUGGAUUUGUGUUGCCUUUUUAGCUUGCCGUGUUAGAUUCUGUGGUUUGGUGCGUUGUGGGUGAUCUUUGAGGGUCGUGCGUGGAUGAGAUAUGUAGCAUUAUGUGUUUUAUCUGUUGUCUUUGGGGUUGGGGGAAGGUGGUUGGGGGUUGUGGGUGUUGGGUGUGUGGUUAUGGUGUGGGGGUGAGUGGCUUAUGUCUGGGGGUAGCUCAUGGGUGGUUCAUUCGGGUUGGACGUUCUGCUUUGAGUCUCCGUUUAGACCCAGAGUUGGCGCCCUAUUAUCCAUGGAUCCCAGAUUUUGUGAUAGUGGUUGGUCGUGCCGUGUAGGAGGGCCAAGAAUUUGUCCAUUUCCAUGGUUUUGGUUGUUUUUUGGAGCAUCGUUGUCAGGGUGGGAGUGGUUUGGUUUCCCCAUUGUUCUGCUAUAGUGCGUCUUGUGGCCAGGGCUAAUUUUGCUACCAGUUUGUUUUGUGCUCAUGUGAGGUGGGGUGGGUGGUGGUGAGUGAGGUGAAUAAUUUCAGAUGAGCUUUUAGGGUUGACCAGAAAGUUGGUUCCGGGUUGUUGGGGGCAUAUAUGGAGGUUAUCGCGUAUUUGUGGUUGGAGCAGUGUCCUGUUACGGUCAGAUAUCUGCCUUGGGGGUCUGUGUGUGUUUGCGUGAAGUGAAGGGGACACUUUUUGUGAACUAGGAUGGCUGUGCCGUUUUGUUUGCCAUGAUGGGAGUUCGCUAGGUGGCAUGAUGUUCCUAUUUUUAAGGGGGAAGGUUCUGGUGUGUUUAUAGUAUGUUUCUUGGAGGAGGAUAAUAUCCGCUCCAGUUCUAUUUGCCCAUCGCAGGCUUUGGUGCCGUUUGGCGGGGUUGUUGAGCUCCUUACAGUUAAGGGAGACACAGGAGAUUGUCCUAGGCAUGUUUAUCUGUGCGAGGCCCUUUAUGGGGUUUGUGUUGGGAUAUUGUGGUGGGAGCGCGUUGGGGCGCUGAGGUGGGUGAGACUGAGGCAUCUGGUUUCCCCUUGGGAGGGGUGGGGAGAGAGGGGAGGGUGUGGUCGAGGUGUGGUGCGGGGAUGUGGGUUUGGUGGGUGUGGUGUUCCCUGGUCUUAUAGUUCAGUCGCCAGGUGGUGGGGGGCGUUGGUGGCUUUGUGUGAGGUCUCUGUGUGUAGGUGGUGUCCCUGGUGGGACCCGUGUAGCGUGAGGUGGGGUAGAGGAGGAAGGUUUUUCACGUUCCUGGCUCGCCCUCCCCCCGUGCGCCCUCUGUAGUGUAUCACUUACAAUUCGUAGUUGUUGAGUGUGGUGGUGAAAGUGAGGCGUACCGCAAGUGGUCCCUCUGAAGGUGUGGGUGUUUGGUAGCCUUCGUUCCUGAGUCCCAGUCAGUAGUCCAGGAGGAGGUUGCGUGGGUGCCACAGGUAACUAGAACAUUAAUGACAUUUUGUUCAUACACAUAGUUUGUAAAGAGUAUGAGACAAUGAAAGUCAGAUAAUUCAAACAUUUAAACAAAUAUGCAAUAAUACAUGUAAAUUAUGGAGCUUUGGUAGUAGUCUCAUGGGUGGAGUAGGGCGUGAUCUCUCUAUAUCGCCCUUGUGGAGGGUCGUGUGGGUGGCUUCUCUGCCCCUGGUCUUUGGUUGUCAUAGGGGUCGUUGGUUGAGAAGGUAAAUAGCAGCUGGGUGGCGGCAGGAUGGUGUUCCGGGCCGGACGUCUGGUGUAAGUCAAUGGUGGUUGUUCUGGGGCCCUGAGGUUGCUCUCUCUUGCUCUGGGGGCGGUCUCAUUUUCAUAGGGGAUCUCGCGGAUCUAGGCCCAUUUUCAGAGUGUUCUUCUUCUCUUUGUCUGUGGAAGGGGGUCAUGUUGUGGAGUUGAAUUCCCAGGGAUUCCGCAAAGGGUUCCAUGUCCAUGACCGAAGUCAGGAUGUGUGUUUGUUCCUCUUUUCUCACCAGGAGUUUGAACGGCUGGUCCCAUGUAUAAUGGAGUCCGUGUUGUUGUAGGGCCAGUGUUAAGGGUUUGAGAUCCCUUCUCUUUUUGAGCGUCGAGGGAGCCAGAUGCUGGAAGAAAGUAAGUUGUGAUUCUUUGUAUUUGGGAGGUCUGUCUCUGGCUUGGUUCAACAAUUUCUCCUUCACUUUUAAAUAGUGAAGGCGGGUGAUGACGUCCCUCGGGGUUGCUGGGCUGAGGCUCUGAGGUUUGAGGGCUCUAUGGGCCCUGUCCAUCUCGAGGUCAUAAGGCGUGAGGUCUGGGGCCAUGGAUUUGAAGAUAUCUUUGAGUGUUGGUAUGAGCAUUUCUUGUGUAACAGUUUCGGGCGGGCCGCGGGUGCGAAUAUUAUUUCUUCUGGAUCUAUUAUUAAGAUCUUCCAGGCUUUCCUCGAUAUCAGAUAUCCGUCCGUGCAGGUAAGAGAUGUCUUGAGCCUGGGCUGUGGAGGUAGCUUUAAGGGCUGUGAUCUUGAUCUCUGUUUGAUCAGUGCGGGAGGACAGCCCAGCUAUGUCCUCUUUGAGGCCUGCUAUUUGACUGCCAAUUUCCGUGGUCACGUGGGCUUUGAUGUCCGCGGUGGCAGCUCCCACAAUAUUAUGGAGUACUCCGAUGGUGAGACGGGCUAAGAGGUCUUGCAUAGUGCCGGUGAUCUCCAUGUCGGAGCCCGACUCCUCCGUGGCUUGCAAGCAGGUUUCCGCGUGUCGCUGGGUGUGCGGAACAUGGAUGCUACUGACGGGGUUGCUUCCUUUUUUUUUUCCCCACCCAUCUUCUCUAGUCUCGAGCUGGGUGUCAGGAGAUGUUGGGGUAUUGUUGUGGGAGUUAGGCUUGUAGAGGGUUGCGGAUGAUGUUUUAAUGUAGCUGUGAAGCACUUUGGGCAACAAUGUUGCAAUUAAAUGUGCUAUAUAAAUAAAUAACAGUUACUCCGCACACUCCAGUUGUAGACUACUGGUGGAGGCAGGGCCGCCAUCAGGGGGUGACAACCAUAACCCAUAUGUAGCAGCGGAACUGCCGCCAGUGCAGUUGCACCGGGGCCCGCACGCUAAUGGGGCACAUCAGGUGGCCCAUGAACUUAGGGCCACCCAAUGGGCCGUAUAUCUGAAGGGGCCCGGUCAGUGCUGUGGCCGUGUUAUAGUGCGACCGGGCCCCUUUAAAAAAAAAAAAAGCAGCCGCAGCAAGUGUUGCUGGGAGGAAGUGGCUCAGUCCGCGCGGGAGGAGCGCGCGCUCGCAGCAGUGAGGGAGAACCAGCCGAAUACUCCCAUCAGCCCCAGCCACCCUCCUGCAAAGAAAAGGUAAGAGACAGGAGGGUGUAUGUAUGUAUGUCUAUGUAUGUGUGUGUAUGUAUGUAUGUAUGUCUAUAUGUAUGUAUAUAUGUCUGUCAAUAUGUAUGUAUAUAUGUCUGUAUGUAUGUCUGCCAGUAUCAAUGUAUGUCUGUAUGUCAUUAUGUAUAUAUGUAUGCAUGCAUGUAUGUCUGUAUGUAUGCCAGUAUCAAUGUGUGUAUGUCAGUAUGAAUGUAUGUCUGCAUAUCAUUAUGAACGUAUGUCUGUGUGUAUGUGUGUAUGGAUGUCUGUAUGCAUGUAUGUCAGUAUGUCUGUAUAUAUGCAUGUAUGUCAGUCUGAAUGUAUGUACGUGUGUAUGGAUGUCAGUGUCUGUAUGUUUGUCAGUAUGUCUUUAUGUAUGUAUGGAUGUCGGCGUCUGUAUGUAUGUGUCUUUAUGUCCUCAUGCAUGUGUGUCUGUAUGUAUGUUAGUAUGUGUCUGUCACUAUGUAUGCCUGUGUGUCUGUAUAUGUAUGUAUGUCUCAGUAUGUGUGUGUCAGUAUGUAUGCCUGUAUGCGUGUAUGUCUGUUUCAGUAUGUGUGUCUGUUAGUAUGUAUAUGUGUCCUUUUGUAUCAGUGUGUGUGUUUGUGUCUGUGUGUGUAUUCCUGUGGGUUGUGGACCCUGUGGGCGGUAUUUGGAGGCCCCCUGAGCUGAGUUAGGGGCCCCAAAAUUUCUGGUGGAGGCAAGAACACUUCACACAAUUUCCCCAGAAAUUGUAGCUUUUCUAGUUUAAUAACUAAAAAUAUAUUUUUGAAAAAAGUACAAAUAACCUUUAGCCUCUCUUUUUUGCUCACUUUUUAUUUAAAUCUGUCAGAAGCAUUGGCAGAACAUUAUUGUCAAACUAGGGAUGGUAUGCACCCUUUCAGCACUAACCAGAGCUGUGCUCAUUUGCCCUAUUUAAAAACAAAUUCUAUUUGCCAAUAAUAUACUAGUUGAAAACACAAUAAAAACCCAAAGCCUGUAAACUUUCAAUUUAAGUCAAUUUAACUGGGGACUGCCUUUAUUUUUUUUAUUUUUUUUUAAGGUUUUUAAAUUUCAAAUACAAUAGGGAAGAUAAUUAUAGAAAAUGCAAUAUGGAGAAAGUAGUUUGUAGUGACAAUAAACAUCAUUAAUAUGUUUUUGGGGUGAGUGGCAAGUAUAGAAGGGAUACCAGUUAUUUUAGUGAUUAGGUGUCCAUGGGUUGGAAUUUUCUAGCGAGGAGGAUCCGGAUCCGUUUGAGAGGGUGGCCAGUAUGCUGUGCAUCCUCUUCUCCUUCAGUAUUUAGCUAGGGGGGGUUUGGAGUAAAUUGACUUGCUUUACUCCUGUGUCAUGUAGGAAGUAUUAAAAGCAGUGGUUGAGAGGAGAGUUUAUACAGCGGGCCUUUCCUAGUUACGAACACUGGCCUAGGAAGUGUUACUCCUGCUUACACCCAUUACAAGUGGCUGUCUUUUAGGUGUUUUUGUUUUGUUUAAUUUACUGUCUUCUACAGUAAAAAAGAAAAACAAAUAUAUAGCAGUUUUUGAUAAAUGUUAUAUUAACAAAAUAAUGACAGAUACACUUUAUUUUGGAAAUAUUCCUUCAGGAUUUAUCUUGCAGAUUAAUCCCUACAUUAUUAAAGAAUUUAUUCCUUGUUGAGUAUUAAAGCAAACAGAGAAUUAUAUUUGUUCAGCGAUCAAAUAGGGACAGAAGAUUGAAAAUGCAAAUCAUUAACUUUUUAUGUUAGUGGAAAGUUCGACUCAGACUUUGGUUGUUGAAUAAAUCCAGUUCACUAACCUCUGGAAUACUUUUUGUGUGUUUUAUAUAUCUAUUCAGAAUAUCAUUCAUUUGAUAUCUAUUUAGUUUUUGUACUAAGAUAAAGGUUAUGAGAAUUCGUAUUAUUUGGUCAAUGUGUUAAUAGUCAAUCAGCCAUUAGACAAAUACAUUAAAGCCUCAAACACACCCUGUUCCCCUUAGAAUACGAUGAUCGGUCACCUUGGAAUGUAUGAGGAGAUUUAAAAGUAACAAUUACUUGGAUGGCACACAACUUUAGUAUAAAUGGAUCAAAUAAAUUGACUGUUAAGGUGCGCACUAUGAAUACCCUGUUUCUCCCAGGGCACAGACUACACACUAUAAUUUAACACAGGAUCCUUAUUAUAAAUCCAACAAUAUAAAUAUUCCAAUUUGACAUUAAACACCCUAUCACUAACUAGAAAAAUUGCAAACCUUCCUGUACAAUUGCAUGGUCAUCCAACUAAUAAGUAAAGGUCCAUCAAUAUACCGAACAACUUGAUGAAAAAUACAUAUACACAAUGGGUUGCAUACCAGUCAGAUACGUGCGGAGUGGUCCCUAACUUCAAGAGGAACCCCUGGUUUUAGUCAAACUGUUCUAAACUUCAGAGAACCAGGGAAUGACUCUCAUUGACAAAUAGCAAGGUUGCUCUAAUGGUGUUUAGAUGGCCCAUUUGAUCUCGUUAGGGGUUUAAUGUUACUGUCAAGCAGGUCUAAGAUUGCCAAUCUUAGGAGCUGCAUCUAUGUAAAAACCUAACUUGUUCAUAUCAAGAUCUCCAUCUUUUUAUUGCAUAUGAGAUUUAGUGAAUGGAUUCUUGCGUACCCUCCCCUUUCUGAUGAAACAGACCCGUUACUCAUUCGGUUGCACUUCUAAUGCCAUAAAUUGUGCAAAUCGCACAUGUUCAAGAAUCGGGAACUGUACUCUAGAAAAUCCUGUGAUAUCGCGGACAUCAAUGAGAUCUUCUCAUGCAUGUUUAAUUCCCAUAGACUAUUACCUAUACAUCGCUCCAUCUGUGAUUGAGAUGGGUCACUAGAGGAAAUGUUAACUUUGUGCCAGCUUUAAAACUUUUUUGGUAGAUGAUGCUAAUGGUGGGGUGUAGGGCAGUUACUUGUGCAAAUGUUGGUUGAACCAUCAAGCAUCAGUUUUAGUUAAGUGUCAAACAAAUUAGGUCCUACUGUUUAUGUGUAACUUCUAAACAAGAUCUCACAAGACCACGGGAUCCUCCCAUAGACCGGGCGUUUUUUCCUACAGACGUCACUAGUGAUUGCCCGGGGAAAUGACAAAACUUUGACAAAAAGGUAGCUUCAUCUUGUUGAGCGUAUGAAAAAUACUAAGGCAAAGUAGUCUCUAUUUUGUCUCAGUAUAUCUUUUGACUGAAUUUGCAUUUUAGUGAAUUUUCAAUUUAGUCAAUGUAAAUAUCUCAAAAGAUUUAAUCUUGAUGAAAUAUAUUUAAAAAAAAAAACAACACAACAACAACAAUCUGCAAAAUUCUUUUAACUACAGAGAUGGUAGAGCGGGAGCACACCAAGGGAGCAAGGGAGGGAAUAGCUUAAGUUUCCCCUUGCAGAUGGACUCCCUUUUUUCACUCCAACCAACUCAUUUCUUCACUGUGCACUUCUAGCUGAUGUGAGCUAUACAUACCAGCAUGGGUCUAUCCAGUCUUUCUGUUUAUCCAGUUGUAAUGAGCGUUAGGAGGGUGAAGUAGGCUAUCUGCCACUGUUCAUCUUUCUCCCAUUUCUUGAUAUUCAUUUAGCCUAGUUCUCCAGUCCUGCUUUGGUUUAUUGAUAUCAGGGCUUCUUUACCUAACACGCAAUCCGUAAAGGGGGUGAUUUCACUUUAGGACAGCUCUGAUAACAGAUGUAAGUUUUGCAUAGAAGUAACAUUAGGCAGCCUAAGUCACAUGUGCCAAGGUGCAAUUAGCCCCAGGUCACAAAACUGCGAACAUCUCUGUAUGGGCAGCAUUCCAAGUAGGAAAGCAUUAGUGGUCAUGGAUGUUGGAGUAGCUCUUUAAAUUAGAUUUUUUGUUAUUUUUUUGAAUUCUCUGCAUUAAAGAUAUGAGAUAUAUAUAUAUAUAUAUAUAUAUAUAUAUAUAUAUAUAUAUAUAUAUAUAUAUAUAUAUAUAUAUAUAUAUAUAUAUAUAUAUAUAUAUUCAUUUAUUUAUUUUAUUUCUAUUAAUAAGGAGUUUAAGCUUUAAAAAAUCCUGAACAGAGGGUUUACAGGUUGGCCACACGUGACAUAGUAGCCAAUUCCUGGAACAAAAUGUGAUAUUCCCUGCAUCAGAAUAUGUGAGAAGUACUUAUCUGGAAUUUCCUUUUUAAUAGAAAUCUUAUAUAUAUUAUUAUAUAUAAUAUUUGUGUCUUGUGAAAUUUCUUAAAUAUAUCUUGCUAUAAUUAUUAUUCUAUAGUCAAUUUAUGAGGUUGACAAUCAAUCAUAAUGGCUUUAACGUGUAAAAAUAAUUUAGGGUUUCCAGCUGCUUUCCGGAGAUACCUUUAAACUGUCCUGUAAUUUAAACAUUGUUUAAAAAAAAGAAAAAAAGUUUACAAAUGUUCCAUGCAAACCUACAAGAACAUGUUUAUCAGGAAGGUUUAAUUAGCUUCUGAACACAAUACUGUAAUCAGAUCACAAUGUAAAUAUACUAGUAGUGACAUAAAGGACCAGCCCAUAUUCUUGCCCAUACCUAUGGUGAAGGUCAUCGGCUAAAUUUACGCUGGCAGGCUUUUAAAAACCCUAUGUAUUUUAAGACUCUUCUACUUAUAAAUAAAUGACCUUACAUUGGCUUUUGCAGCAAAGAUUUAUGACCUUUUGUUUUGCAUGGAUGAUAUUAAUUUAGAAGCUUUAAGAAUAUAUAAGUAGUACUUGAUGAUGUAUAUCUAUUUUUAUGAGCACUAACAUUUCAUAAAUGUCAUUUUUCCUCCAUUUCCAGGUACCUUUCCAAGUGUUGCCAGGAGAGAGUGUAGAAUAUUUAGGGAGUGCAAAUGAUGCGGUCAUAGCAGUUUCCAACUACAGAUUGCACAUCAAGUUCAAAGAUUCUGUUGUCAAUGUAAGUUUCUCAGUCUACAUAGUGUAUGAAUUGUACAUACUUAGUGCUUUUUAGUUAUUUGGCUGGGAGUGGGUUGAUUAAAGAGACAUUCCAGACAUUGCAUGUGUUUUAUUUUAUUAUUUUUAAAUAUGUCAUUUUUAAACCUAUUCUAAAAAAAAGAGUUCAACAUCACUCUGGAGAGUCUCUUUAAAUUGAUUUGAUGAUUCUGAAAUAUUAUUCUGUCAAGAAGUAAAACUCAAUUUUUUUUUUUCCCCCCCCCAGGUGCCUUUAAGGAUGAUUGAGACAGUGGAAAGUCGAGACAUGUUCCAGUUGCAGAUAAUUUGCAAAGAUUCCAAAGUAGUGAGGUAAUGCCAUUGUUUUGAUUUGUGAGUGGUUUUCAUGCUAAUUUUUAUUUCUCCUCUGUUUCAGUUAUCCAAAUAGACUUGCGUAAAGGGUCAUUAACAUCUAAAUAUAAAUGGCCUUCAUAUGAAAUGCCAAACAGAGAAUUAACUGCAUAUGUAAGCGUUAUGAGAUUUGCGUGUCAAACAUUCUACUGCCACAAGAAACCCUGUUUUGAGGGAAGCAGAUAACAAGUCUGAAGGAGAAAUACAAAAUGUACAUUGAUUAUGCUUUUAGAUCGCACUUAAAUCAUCAAUUCUUCAAAAAUAUUAGAUGAGAUUUGUUGGGCUUUAUGAAUAAUAAUAAUAAAACAAAUAAUAAUAAUGAAAGGAUUUUUUUUAAUACUGUGUUAUGUUGCUCUGUUCGAGUGACGCAUGUUUGUCAGCUCAGUGAAAAAUGUCAUGCAGCUUUUUAUUUUUUAUUUUUUUAAUGGAUGAGUUCAUUUGUAGCCUUUCCAACAAUGAGGACAGAUAUCCACUGGAGAAUGUAUGUUCACAGUGGUGAUGCUGAUUAAUGGUAGACACUAUAUAGAUUUCAUCAAAGUAAUUUGAUUUAAUGGGAUGCUGUUAACAGGAUGAAAUAAUCUGGUCCUAAACUUCCUGGAUGCAUGUGUAAAUUGUAAUUCAUACAAAGCUAUUGUGAAAUGUGUACAUGCUAAUCAAAAGAAAAGAAAACUUGGGUAAAAUAUUCUAACAUAUAUAAUAUUAUAUACUCGCACAUACACACUUGCCUGAGAUUAGUAUAGAGUAGAGCUGUCAUGCGUUGGCAUAAGAAUGGCAACAUAAGGGUAGGCCAAAAUCUCUCAUCUAGCAUCUAUGGCACUCGGGGUGCAUUUGCACGGCACUCAAGGUUGCCAGAGCCAAACAGGCUCUGGCCUAUCAAGAUUCCGAGAGGGACUUCAGAUACCUCCUAGUGCAAACCGAGCGGUAAAUGGAGGUGGUGAGGGACAAUCCUCAAUUUACACAUUGCAGCACGUAAAGCAAGUGAUCUCAGAAAACUUCCUCUCAGCACUUGUAAACAGGAAUCUGUACCUAGUAUAGCAGCCUGCAGCAGCUAUUGCAGUACCCUGGCCUUGACCUGUAACUGGCCAGCCUGGUAUCCACUGUACUCCAGGAAAUCAGUCUGCACUGCUAGAUAUACACAGAGCUGCAGAAGAAGCUUCCUCCUCAUACAAAUAAUAUAAACAGACCAAACUCCGUUCCCACAAACACAACACCACUGACAAUCCACAUACAUGCACACAACCCCACAAGCAGACUCUCGCAUGCAUUACCAUAAGUAGCACCAUACAUUCACACCACCAAACACACAAUGUGACAUGUCAGCCACACAAUUCCACAAGGAGUCUCCAUACACAGCCCACAUCCAUAGGUGUCAGACACAAUACCAAAAACUACUCAUUAACAUAAAAAAAACAGCCCACUUACACACAAAUACAAUGCUACAGAGCUCUGCAGCACCCAUAAAUAACACAAGUAGAAUACAGAAACAUACACACGGCCAUUAAAAAAAAAAAAAAAGGACUGGCACGCAAAGGGAUUUCAAGAUCUUGUUUUGGCACAGUAAAAAAGUUGCCUACCCCUAGUCUAGCAUCUUACUUGUCAUGCACAUCUCAACACAGAAAACAUUACAAUAGUGUUUAUCAAGGUGAGUAAAAUAGAAAAUGUCAUCAACAAAAAUAGUUUUCUCUCCCUCCUUACAUUUCCCUGCAAGCUAUUUCUGGAUCAUAGCUCUUUUGUAUUUUAGAGUUCAUACGGUGUCCACCAAUUAUGUGGAGUUUCAGGAAGGUACACAAAUGUACAUACAGUGAUUGUAUAGAAUAAAAAAUAUAAACCAACCAAUCAUUUCAAUGUUGGUUGUGCAGGUGCUAGCAUAAUGUGCUGUUUUUUUUUUUUUUUAAAUUUGGGAUUAUUUAAUAACUUGUCUGUUGCAUAGAGUAUAGCAAUUUCAAUCAAACCAGUGCAAAUAAGAAGACAUUCAUUUGAGGUAACAAAGUAAGUUACAGGGCGUUUGUGGAUCUAAACUCCUGUUAAAGUAUGAAUGAUUAUUAUGAAGUUCGACUCUGUUGCACAUUGUUUACUUGAUAUGAAAGUGCAUCCAUCAGGAAAUAAAGAUUACAGUGACUAACAAAGAUACUGAACUGGUAACAUGAAUUCUUGCCAUGUGAUAAAAGAGUAACCUAUGCAUAUUUGUUUCAGAUGCCACUUCUCCACAUUUAAGCAGUGCCAGGAAUGGCUGAAACGACUUAGUCGAGCCACAGUGCGUCCAGCAAAACAAGAAGAUCUGUUUGCAUUUGCCUAUCAUGCCUGGUGCCAGGGAGUGUGUAAUGACGAGGAGGAGCACCAUGUUCACCUUUGUCGUCCAGGCAAGCUUUUGCUGUGCUUUAAUAUGUGGUAUUUAACCUGAUCAGUGAAGCCUAUCAGUGCCCAGCUUCUUCAGAUACGUCAUACGAUUUCACAUAGGACAGUGCCAGAGGACACUUCCUCUGUCCAGUAAUAAAUUUUCAUCACAGUCUGUUUGUGAAUCCAAAGAGGUGUGUUGAAUGUACAUGAAUGCUCUAGCUAUCCCUAGUGUAUUCCCUUUGGCAAUUUAAUUCAAUAUAAACAGCUUCUGUGCUGCUGUCCUCAAAAGGGAUAACUACUGCAUUUUGUUCCUUCAAGAAAUACUGUAAAAUAUUCUAAAAAAGGGGGGUGGGGGGGAUUAUUCAAAAUUAUGUUAAUUUUUUUUGUAUUAAAAAAAUAAAUAAGCAUCUUUUUUGACCAUUCCCUUGGAAAAGAAAAGAAAUGUGUUUUGAUAUUUCAGCUACUUUGGUUUUGCUCCGUUACCGCAGUUUUAACAACUCUAUUAUUACAUCUCUACAAUGAGAAAUCCAGAAAAAAUUUUCAUCAAACCUUUGGCAUUCAAUAAAAUGAUUCUUUAUUUCUAUUUUGUCAGGAAUCACACACACAGCACUCUCCAUGUGUUAUUUUCAGCAGGUGUUCUUAUGAACACAGAACUUGCUUUCAGUACACUACAUCACAUUUCUUUACAACGUACCCGUUUGUGAUCUCUUUCCUUUUGUUGUUUCCAACACACUUGUGACAUCUUCAUUGUAAAAUGCCUUUUUAUCUUAGGUGACCAUGUGAAGUUUCGCUUCCAGAUGGAAUUGGUGCGAAUGGGUUUUGACUUGCAGAAUGCCUGGAGAGUGUCUGAAAUCAACAACAACUACAAGUGAGACAAAUGCACACACCUUUUCAAAUACUACUCAUAUCAAAACAUCCUUCGGAUCCUUCUGUUCAAUAUGAAUUGCUUGUUUCUCUUUCACAGAAAGGGGCAACAAUGUUCAGGCUUGUUUAUUUAGAAAAAAAAAGUAGUUGGAAACCUGAAUUGUUGUAUUUUGUAAUGAUCUGUUGGUGGUCUUUAUGCAGUGCUCCUUCUAUCCAGCCCAUCAAAUGUGAUGAGAGCUGGAGCCAUUCUUCAUUUGUUUUUUAUUAUUUUUGUUUUGCGAUGGUUAGUUAGAUUCAAGUUAUUCUUGCAUUUUGACAUCACACCUAAAUCAGAGGUUAAGAGAUAAAUCCAUUGUCUGUAAAACCUUAUCUUUGUUUUUUUUUUUCUUCAUUCCUUUGAUUAGAGCCCAUUACAGCAUCACUAAUUAAAGUGGCAGUAUGCUCAGCAUAAUUAGCGGCUCCAUUUUAGUCUUUAUGUCAGAAAAUCGACUUAGUCCCUAGAGAAAAUUGCUUUCUGUGUGGGAGUAUUUGGCUAGAGAUAGGCAGCAUAAUGCUAAACAUACUUAUUGAUUGUUAUUGUUUUAUCCAAUCAUUUAGUUUUAAGACAAACAGCCAGUAACUUGGAGGCAUCUUUAAUUUAAUAGUUGGUCAUUGCGGUACUUCUUAUAUUCCUGUAUUACUUCCAUAAUUGUUGUUUUUUUGGUAAUGUUAGUUUGCCUGCCUUUUUUACGUCAGUGUUUACAGGGCUGGUAAACAACUGUUGUUGAACCACGAUUGCUACCUGACUCGGGCUGUCUAGUAGAACAUCACUGACACUGCAGCUAUUUCCCAUAAUGCUCAGAGAGCAUGAUGGUUAAUCAUCAUGGGAAAUUUUGACAAUUUUUUUUUAAUUCUGCACUACUUGCUACUUAAAGGUGACAUUUUAAUUUGUAAAUUGCAGACAAACAUCUUUCUGUUUGCAUGCCAAGGCUUGUCUGUACAUUAUCAGCUUCUGACAAUUUAUUUGCAACAUGAGCUAUAGCAGCUUCAUUGAUUAUUGCAAAGUAUGAACCUAUUACAGAGCACCUUUGCUUGAAUCAUCCACCUUUAUAUAAAUUGCUGAUUGUAAAACUCUACCCUUUAAAAAGAAUAGAUCUGACAUUGCUGGAAAAAUAUGUUAUGAAAUAUUUGUAUUUUAGGCUUUGUCCAAGUUACCCUCAAAAGCUCCUCGUUCCAGUAUGGAUCAGUGACAAGGAACUAGAGAAUGUUGCUUCUUUCAGAUCAUGGAAGCGGAUUCCAGUUGUGGUGUACAGGUAAUAGAAGAGGAUUUAUGCAUGUAUUUUUCUAUGGCACAAGCAUUUCAUUUAAAUGCAUGUCUGUUCAAAAUAUCCAUACAAACUCUUUACAAGGCUUUGAGCAGUGAAUUGGAAUUUUACAGUGACUUGCCAUACUCAUAUUUUAUGUUAUAAUAUAUAUUCAAAUGCGCAGUAUGGUGUUGUUCUUCUAAUAACUCACUUUAGGGACAACAAAAUUCAGAGCAAUCUUAGGACUCUAUUUAAUAUUGUUACAUAUCAGUGCUGUGUUACUUUUGUGUAAAACGAAGCAAGGCCAACUAAUAAAUAAUUCUUGAAGCUUAACAGACUGAGGCAAUGGCCAAAAUAAAGAGUAUUUUUCAGAUAUGUUGUUUAGGAUCCCGUGAGGACCUAGGUUCAAAUAUUGAGUAUUGUUGACCCCAUGGAAGUGUAAUGGCUUAAAUGGAUAGUUUAAAUUCUUACCAGGAUUUCGGCAAAUCAUUUGUACCGCAGCUAGUCAUCCAAGAUGCCAGUAGUAAAGGAGUACAGAUUAAAUAAGAUACUUCAGAAUGCUUGCAGAUCAGCAGUAACAUCCCCAACCCAAUUGAUAAAGCAUUGUAUGUUAGGUACAGAUCUUAUUAUACUUGUUUUGGAUGUUUUUCUUAGACAUGCACGGACAGGCGCAGUGAUUGCACGUUGCAGCCAACCAGAGAUUAGCUGGUGGGGUUGGCGCAAUGCAGAUGACGAAUACCUAGUUACUUCCAUUGCCAUGGCCUGUGCACAUAAUCCAGGAGUAAGAGUAACUAACGGAAACGUCACUAACAAAGGCACCAACGAGGCAAAUGAAAAUGCAGACACCGACUUUGGUAAGGGAUGUAUGUUUGCUCACUGAAACCAUAAAUCUGACUGAUCAAGAGCGGCUUUCUUUAAUCUUAGUACUUUUUGUGUUCUAUUAUGCUGCUUUCUUCUACUACCUGUUUUUAUAUGCUCUUUUGAAAUCUUUGUAUCUGUUUCCUUAAUUAGGAACUAGAGAACGUGAUCCUAGACUUUUUCCAGACACAAGGAAACAUUAAAAAUGAAGUGUGUGUGUGUGUGUGUCUGUGUUUUCAGAGAGAUCUAGCAAUAUAGGACUUUAAAAAAAGUCAUAGCUAUAAAAAAAGCUAAAGUCAACGUUUCAGUUCUAUAAAGAGAACUUUCUUCAGUACAGCUAAAAUACAUUAGAUGUAAGAGCAGCAACACAGACAUACAUUUACUUACUGCCCAGUAGCAGCUAACACCGCAGUUCUCAGAUUCAUGCACACAUGCAGUUUCUCCCACUUCUGUGAACAUGCGCGGCCACCCGGAGCGUAAACAUACAACAGACGCAACCCUGUCCUUUCAUGUUUCCAAGGCAACAGAAGUGUUUACACUUGUGGCUCCGUGUUCCUAUGAAAAAGAACUGUACUCUUGUAAAGAAUUCCUAACUGCCGAAAUGAACGGCAAAAGGAUUAAUACAAUUAAUCACCACAAAUAAGACUUUCUGCAUAGAAACAGAUGCACUGUCUACACAUUGAACAGGGGAAAUGGGAUAUCUCUUUCUUUCUUUUUAGAAACUCUUAUUUAGAGAAACUCAAUAGCUUGCCCUUCAGUAAAUCCCUGCUAAGAUCUCAAAAUAGUUUUUGCUCACCUGUGCCAUUAUAGAGUAAACCCUAUACCAUUACACAUCAGACUGAUCACAUCCAUAAUGGCAGUCCAGAACCAAAAUGCCGGCAAGUACAAGUGAUACAGCAACCUCAGACGAUCGUUUCUGCCUUCUUUGGGCUUGGUCUACGAGGCAUAGCUGUUACCUUAGCGAUAAACUUGGGGAGAGCCAAUUUCAUGCAUUGUACACUAGGAAUAAUGUGUUUAGUUCUUUACCCACUCUCUGGGUAAAAUUGCAAGGUAUAAUUGAAAUUGAAUCCAAGUGGCAGUACUCACACAGUGUAUCAACUGGAAGGAGAUUUUCUUGUGCAUACUUAUUUUAUUUUAUUUUAGGAGAGUUUGACUAAAGCAGUUACGAACAAGAUUUGUUGUUUUGUUUCGCUGCAACAACAGGGUGGAAAACAAACUUUGAGAGCUACAGGACUCUUAAGACAAGCACUGUUUAUUGUAAUAUACACUUCAAGCUGGAAUACAUUAGAAAUGCUCUUUACCCAUCCUUUUCUGUUUACUGUCUACUGUGACAAAAACCUACCAUUAUUAUAAUAAUAUAUAUAUAAAAUUAUUAUAUAAAUAUGUGCAGAAAAACAUAAUAUAACGUAUAUGCAUUUUUGAUACCCAUCACAGAUUCAUCACUGACCGCUUGUCCUGGGAUUGAUGGUGGAGGUCCUCCGCAGAAGCUCUUAAUAUUGGAUGCCAGAUCUUACACUGCCGCUGUUGCAAACAGAGCCAAAGGAGGAGGCUGCGAGUGUGAAGGUGUUUAUUUAAGAUAAGGAGAUAAAUGUUUAGAUUAGCAUAUCCUGAAUAAUGCAUUGAGAUUUCAAAUAUAUGGCUAAAUUAGACUGGUAGCAAAAUUAAGACUAUUCUUAAAGCUACCAAAAUCUUUUUGUAAAGAUAAUCAUAAAAUCAUAAUUUGAAAAAUAACAAUGAUUAAGUAUCCAAUAAAAUUCAGAGUAAUCUAAAUAUUUUUUUAAAUUAAUUUUUUUCAAUACAGCUAGUUUGUUUUAAAACAAAACAAAACAAAAAAAAUCAAGAAUUGUUAGAAUUGAUAGUUAUAUUGAAGACCUACCAUUUAUGAAUGAUAUGAUGAUGUUCAGGUGACAUUUAAAAAUUCUUUUCUGUUACAUAUAGAAAAACCAAGUUAAAAAUGUAACCUUAAAGAUAGUUGAGCGAGUAAGGCUUUUUUGGCCUCUACAUAAUAAACCAAUCAUUGCUCAUACUGGUAUGGCUGUGUGUGCAAUGGGCAGCAGUGAUGGGCUCAAAGUGCACAUAUGAUACUCCAAGCCUUACACUGCCCCAUCACUGCUUGGCAGAAGUGUUUGCCAGGGCAAAAAUGGCAGGUUGGCUCCUUGGGUGGCCAUUGGCCCUACUUUCACUGUCAAACAAUAAGUAAACUGUUUAAUAGUGUUACAAGGGGCACUCCAGCUAUAUCGAUAAAGUGGUAAUGAUGCCCGUUGUGUCUCUUUAAUUACAAACAUUAAUGGUUAAUGAAAAAACCUAAAACUUAAUUAAAAUGUUUUUUGUCAUUUUUUAAAUCACUUGAAGAAUAAUGUCCCUAGCGGAUAUGGAAAAACAUAUUUUCUGCAACUUUUAGGCACAUAAUGCUGAACACCAUGGUUUGAAGUUGACAUAGCUCUCUGCUUACAGAAUUCACAUAAUAAAACUGAUUCUGGAUUUAUGCACAUUUCGUUAUUUUUAAUAUGAAAAUGUUCACUAUAUAUUGCAGAAUACUAUCCGAACUGUGAAGUGGUUUUUAUGGGAAUGGCAAAUAUCCACUCAAUCAGGAAUAGCUUUCAGUACCUCCGAGCUGUGUGCAACCAAGUGCCUGAUCCUGGAAAGUAAGAUUAUACACAUUUACAUUGUUACCUUUCAUUUCAUGUCGAUUAUCCACUCAGGCACAUCAAAUGCCCAUUUCCAUUAUGGGAAGAUCGCUGCUGCUGGUUUUGAGUGGAAAAGAUGUGCCCAUGUCAAAAGGAAUUUUUCAUUAACAUUACACAUACAGUAAUGACUUUUGAAUUUACAAAUAAACUAUUGCAAGGCCCAUUUAAUAAUAUUAAAGCAAAAUAUUAUGUUUUGAUAUUUGAGAUUGUUUUACCCUCCUUAGAAUUUGAGACUUUAUGAUUUUUUUUUCCAUUACUGUUACAUAUGUUACGGAAAUGUUUAUACAUCAUUUCACUCUUCUAUUUUGUUCAUAAAAAUAAAAUAAAAAAUGAAAGAACACCAUACACUGAUAAAUAUCCAUCCAUAGUAUUUUCAUCAGGGUGACCUAUAUGAAACUGUUCUGUUCCAAAAAGUGUUGAAAAUAUGUAGGAGGGGAGGAGUCACCAGUGGAAUGUGCCUCCUGGUUCAACUGGUUUCCAUGGUGACUGCCCCAAGUUUAGUACUUUAGAACACUUCAUAGAACCCAAACACUUUGCUAAGCUCCCCUUAUAUUGUUUCUUCAAGAUAUGUUUACGCAGCAGACUGUCUGUCAUGGGCUGCUAUUGUUCUACAGGAGUUCUGUGAUAUCAGUCUAGAGUCAUUAAUACAGGAGAGCAGACUAGAUACACGUGAAGAGCUUUAUUGCCAGUAAUUACUGUACUUAGCAAUGCAUUUCAAGAUGACCUGAAACACACUCCACGAAUUUGAGAUUUUUAUUUUAAAAACCUUGGCCUCAACAAUUUCCAUUUCCAUCAACUAACAUGGUAAUCAUGGUCUUUCUUCCUCAAGAUGCCACUUACCAGUCAGGUGGUGAAACCCUUUAUAUAUUUUCUAGCUGGCUCUCUGCACUGGAAAGCACGAAGUGGCUGCAGCACCUUUCUGUGAUGUUAAAGGCAGCCACUAUCGUGGCCAAUGCCGUGGAUAGAGAAGGACGGCCUGUGUUGGUCCACUGCUCGGAUGGCUGGGAUAGAACACCACAAAUUGUAUCCUUAGCAAAGAUUCUGUUGGACCCAUAUUAUCGAACCUUAGAGGUAUGUAGCUUCAAUGUUUCAUCAUAUUUGUAAAAAUUAAAAAAAUAUGAGAGGUAAGGUUUUGAUAUUUCUCUCAUAGGGUUUCCAGGUGUUGGUUGAAACGGACUGGCUAGACUACGGCCAUAAGUUUGGAGAUCGCUGUGGUCAUCAUGAAAAUGUGGAGGAUCAAAAUGAGCAAUGCCCUGUUUUCUUACAGUGGCUCGACUGUGUCCAUCAACUACUGCAUCAGUUUCCAUGCCUCUUUGAAUUCAAUCACUCCUUUCUGGUAAAGCAUUUAACAUUUUCAGUCAAAAGUUGUAUUAUAACUAUCAAUAAUUCAUCAUAACAAUUGUAGUGAUUGUAGCUGCAGGUUGCACACCAACUGGUCUAUGUGUAGAAUUUAGCAAGCGUUUUCGUAAUAGGUUUUUUAUAUUUACUGUGGCUUUUAAAUGUUGGUUAUGGAUUAUUAUUUUGGAAGAAACUUGGGAGAUUUUUUUUUUUUAAACUGACAGCACGAUUUGUUGUCACAUAGGUGAAGUUAGUUCAACACACAUACUCCUGCCUCUACGGGACUUUUUUGGCCAAUAGCCCCAGUGAGAGAGAGAUGCGCAACAUCUACAAACAUACCUGCUCAGUGUGGUCUCUUCUGCGAACUGGCAACAAAAAUUUCCACAACUUGCUGUAUAUGCCAACCAAUGAACUUGUGAGUAUAUAUUUAAUACAAUCAUUUCAACAUCAUUAGAGAUUAUAAAGGUAAAUAAACACAGAGUACUGUAACCUUAAAGUGACAUUUUGUUAUAAUAGUUCCUCCCAUCUCCAUAAACACUGCUGCUUAUGUAGGUUGUUAUGGGGAAGGAGUAUCCAGAUGCCCAGGGCCGGCCUUAGGCUUUUAGGUACCCUGUCGAAAAAUCUUCAAAGCACCCCUCACUGGCCUCCCCCUUAUCCAAUAUUUCAGGUUAAUAUAUAUAUAUAUAUAUAUAUAUAUAUAUAUAUAUAUAUAUAUAUAUAUAUAUAUAUAUAUAUAUAUAUAUAUAUAUAUAUAUAUAUGUGUGUGUGUGUAUAUAUAUAUGUAUAUAUAUAUACACACACACACACACACACACAAAUAUUUCAGCAAAGAAAAGUUGGCACUCACAGGUCUUGUUUAGUGAAACAAAUUUAGCAAAUGUAUUUGUGUAGCAUUAACGUUUUGGAUCUGUUCUCGAUCCUUUCUUAAGGUGGUAGAGCACCCGAGAAUGAGGAAAAAAUAUACCACCCAGGAGGGGUGAAAAUCAAUUUUUAUUUUUUAUUUAUCUAUACAUAUAUAUGUAUGUGUGUAUAUUACUCUCACAAAUCACAUUAAACUAUACUUGUUAUGGUACACACAGCAUCUUGUUUAAAAGCAUAAAAUACUGAUAUGUAUGGAUUUUGAGAAAAACUUAAUUUAAAGGACCACUCCAAUAUUAGGAAUACAACUGUAUUUCCAACACAAUAGUUUUAUACAAGCUAUUUAUAUUAUCGGGCCCUCUUAAGUUGAAAAAUAGCUCCUGUGUCCCUGCAGCCGCCCUUCCUCCACUGGCUGCCUUUAGAACGUUUAGGAAGGCUGGUAUGUAUGCUCAUCAAUUGCCUAGCUGUUUCAAUCACCAUCUUCUUAUAGAGACUUAAUGCAUCUCUGUUGGGAGCAUUCAACAUCUCCAUACAAAGUAUGUACACGCCAAGCAUCGGUAAUGCAAACUUUGCAGGACUGCAACGAGAAAGCCCCUUUAUUGGUGGCAUUAGACCGCAAUGUCAACACUGCUUUAUCUCCAGGUCAAUCUCCUUGUUCCAAAACGACUACAAUAAACUGUAGUCACUCUGGUGCAUAGGGUGCCCCUUUAAUAUAAUCAAAACCCCACAACUUUGCAUGUGGAAGAGACCCUAUGUUACGCAACACAAGUGAAUAUGACACUCAUGCACUGCAUUUUAUGGUGUAUUGUCUCUGGUGUUCCACAUGUAAGUGGGCUUAAAAACCUCCUCAUACUCUUCUACCCCACAGACCCGCAUCGGGGGGAACUGUCUGACAACCCAGUCAGUACCCAUCCGACUGAACAUGCGAUUACAUGGCCGGAAUGGCUGUCUCAAGCUCUGCCUGCAGUGGGACUUCCUGGGUUGUCAGGUAGUCCCCCAAAUUGCAAAUGAAUAUAAAAUAAAUCAUUCUGCAUGCCCCAAAAUAUUAUAUAUACACAUAUUUUAAGAAGUUAAAUAAAGAAAAUUAAGAAGUUGAAUAAAGAAAAUUAUUUGAGCUGAUUUAUAACAACAUAAACGCUUUAUGUGGUCUAAUUCAACUUGAAUGUAAGUUUUUCAUAAAGUGUCACAUAAACAUAAUUUAUUCAUAAAAGAUAUAACGAUCGUUACUGACUUUUACUAUUAAUUAAACAGGUCCAAUCAGCACUGACUCACUUUAGUCUGAUAGGUGAAUCAAAAUUUGAAAUGACCCAAUUACCUAGGUCCUAUCACCCUUUUUAAACCUGACGCAUCGGAAAGUCCGGGUCCCCUCUGAUGAGCCGAAGUGGUAAACCGCUUGUCAGGGGUUUCGACAGGCUCCAGCACACAUCCACUUUAUCAUGAGUUAUCUUGAACCAUGACCUAUCCUUUCUGUUAUGCACCUGUGAUUUGUCUGACCCUCUCUGCAAUUUUCACCAUCACUACAGCAGGAGCAGCUACAUACCACCUUUAUUUUGGAUUCCUUAGUUGAAUCACUGAGUGCAGGAUUACUUUUAUGUAGCUGUUUCUACUAUUAGAUGAAUGACGUUAAUUUAACAGGGGCCUCAAAGGCACAGUAGGGAUAUUCGUUUUAGUACUUACCCUUUCUGUUUAUUUCCCAUGUUUGUAUAUACACCAGCAUUCUUUCUUCUUACUUCACUUCACCUCGAUUCUGCAACACUGUUGCAAGUACGGUAUUUUACUUGCAAACAAUACCUUGUAUUUGCGGACCGAAUAUUAGCUGGUUUAUUUUAUGUUACAAUUUCUAGUAUCAUAUUGUCAUCCCCACUCUUCUCGCAUUGCUUUAGUAGAAUCUUCCAUAUACCAUCCAUAUCCUUUUACUUGGCGAUUAUUGAUCUCCAAAAGCAGGAGAUCACAUAAAGCCAUCUCUUCACCCUACUUCCCUCAAAACAUUUGUAAAGACUUGUCUGUCUUGCUUCCUCACCUCCAACUCUCUUCUUGACCCUCUUCAGUCUGGAUUCCGCCCCCUCCACUCCACAGAGACUGCUCUGACUAGAGUUACAAAUGAUUUAAUUGCAGCUAAAUCCAAAGGCCCUACUCCAUACUACUUCUUCUUGACCUCUCUGCUGCCUUUGACACUGUUGACCAUCUCCUUCUCCUAACUCUUCAAUCUCUUGGUCUCUGUGACACAGCCCUCUCAUGGUUCUCCUCCAAUCUCUCCCAACGCUCCUUCAGUGUCUCUUUUUCCAACAACACCUCCUCUCCUUGUCCUGUCUCAGUCGGAGUCCCUCAAGGUUCAGUUCUUGGUCCCAUUUUUUUUUCUCUCUCUAUACUGCCUCUCUUGGCAAACUUAUUAAUUCAUUUGGAUUCCACUACCACCUGUAUGCUGACGACACCCAGAUAUACCUCUCCUCCCCUGCUGACCUACAACGUGUCACCAAUUGUCUUUCUUCUGUCUCUGAUUGGAUGUCCUGCCGCUUUCUGAAACUCAAUCUCUCUAAAACUUUCUUAUUUUUCCUCCUCAUAACACUGAUCCUCAUUCACUCUCACUGUAGGUUGACGAUACCUGCCUCACCCCAUCCUUGCAAGCUCGUCUGACCUCACCUUUGCGCCUCAUGUCCAGUCUGUUGCUAAAACCUGUCGAUUCCAGCUUAAAAACAUUGCCCGCAUAUGCCCCUUUCUUACGCAAGAUGCUGCCAAGAAGCUUGUUCAUGCUCUAGUAAUCUCUCGCAUGGAUUACUGUAACUCUCUCCUAAUAGGUCUCCCCUGAAGCUGUACCACCCCCCUACAAUCUGUGAUGAAUGCUGCUGCCCGACUGAUCUUUCUCUCCUGUCGCUCCUCUCACACCUCACCCCUCUGUCGAUCUUUACACUGGCUUCCUGUACCCUGCAGGUGUCAAUUUAAAAAGCUAACCCUUACUUAUAAAGCUCUAACCAACUCUAGCCCCUCUUACAUUUCUUCACUGAUUUAUAGGUAUGCCCCCUCUCGGUCUCUCUGCUCUACUGGUGAUCUUCUCUUGUCUGCUGCUCGUACCCUUACUGCAAAUUCACGCCUGCAAGACUUCUCACGGGUGGCUCCUUUCCUUUCGAACAGCCUGCCUACCCUGUCAGACUCUCCCCUAGUCUUUAAUCCUUUAAGAAGUCCCUCAAAAUCCAUCUUUUCAGGAAUGCGUAUAGCCUCCAGGAGUAACUUCUAUCUCUCAAACCUUCCUCUUGCUCUCUCCACUCCCACCUCUGGUUCUGCUACUUUCCCACCAUGUCUAUUUGCUGUCUCCCUCAAUACCAUUCCUAUUGUGUUUUUAUACCCCAGGUCCUCAAGACUGUAAGCUUGGUUGAGGCGGGUCUGUUACAUAGACCUUCUGACCUGAAUAAACUGCAAGCUGAUUUGGUAUGUCACUGGAUAACCCAUAAUCAAUGAGAGUCACUGGACUAUCUAACUAAAUACAGUAACCAUUAUACCUUAUUUUAUUGUUAAUUGAGACUUUAUAGUUCCACUACCCUUUGGAUAAUGCUGAGUUUAUUCAGAGCAUCUUCUUGAAUAGAGCCUUAAACUAUUUAGUAGAAUGUCCAAGACUAUUUAUGAAAGGGAAACUAUAGUGCCAGGAAAACGAAGUUGUAGCUCCAUAGAGUGUCCCUCUUCCUAAAGUCACCUAAUGACCCGGAAGUCCCUCUAGUGGCUGUCUGGUAGACAGUCACUAGAUGUGGAGUUAACCCUCAAAGGUAAUUAUUGGUGUUUAUUAAAAACUGCAGUAAUUACCUUUGCAUGGUUAACGCACCUAGGACUAUGCACCCAGACCACUUCAAUAAGUCACCUAAUGACCCGGAAGUCCCUCUAGUGGCUGUCUGGUAGACAGUCACUAGAUGUGGAGUUAACCCUCAAAGGUAAUUAUUGGUGUUUAUUAAAAACUGCAGUAAUUACCUUUGCAUGGUUAACGCACCUAGGACUAUGCACCCAGACCACUUCAAUAAGUCACCUAAUGACCCGGAAGUCCCUCUAGUGGCUGUCUGGUAGACAGUCACUAGAUGUGGAGUUAACCCUCAAAGGUAAUUAUUGGUGUUUAUUAAAAACUGCAGUAAUUACCUUUGCAUGGUUAACGCACCUAGGACUAUGCACCCAGACCACUUCAAUAAGUCACCUAAUGACCCGGAAGUCCCUCUAGUGGCUGUCUGGUAGACAGUCACUAGAUGUGGAGUUAACCCUCAAAGGUAAUUAUUGGUGUUUAUUAAAAACUGCAGUAAUUACCUUUGCAUGGUUAACGCACCUAGGACUAUGCACCCGGACCACUUCAAUAAGUGUCCCUUUUAUUAUAUUAUAUUGCACAUUCCAAUUGGAUGGUUAUUAUUAUUUAUUACACUUUACAUAUGUAAGUUUGUGUGUGUGUUAAUGAAAAAUAUUUUAUCUUAUUUUAAUAAAAGUUAAGUUUUAUUUACACACCUUAAUGGUGUAUUGUACUGUGUACAUUACUAUACUCCUGGCCUAUUGUUUCAUUAUUAUGGAAAUUACGUAGGGAUUAUCCCCCAUACAGGAACAGUAGUAUUUACUCAAUUUGGCUCAUUCUCCUCCCUUUCCUCCCCCCUUUUAAUUUUUGGUGGUACUUUUAUAUUCGUGAGACAUCGCUUAACACUAAUAUGUGUAUUUUAUUGCAGUAAAAGCUAGCAGUAUUAUGACCGAAUGAAGAAUAAACUGCAAUAUUUACAUUGCACGGUUUUAAAUCCACCUCUACUGGCUGUCACAUUGACAGCCAUUAGAAGCGCUUUCGCUUCAUUGACCGAAUAAAACUCAGUAACAUGACGCUAAUGCAUAUAGGAAAGCAUUGAAUAAAAUUCUUUGCUUUGGGGAAGCUUGGAUGCAUGCGCUGUGCAUGUGCACCAGUUCCCCACUGCUCUUCUAUGAGGUGCCUUGGAUUGGGACAUGCCUUAUCCAUUAUGUUUCAGGAGGCUGGCAGGUGCCAGCACCGAGGUAGCUUCAGCGAUGGAAAAGGGUAAAACUUUUGUUUUACUCAUUUUUAUGACACACUGGGAGGGCAGACCUAUAUAGAACGAGGGACAGGAGCAUUAUAGCGUUAGGAAUAUAGGUUUGUAUUCCUAACACUACAGAUUUCUUUUAAAAAAUGCAGGCUUAUUCUGCAGAGCUUUCCAUUUGGAGUCCAAACAAAUAAAUAAAGCAGAUAAUGUUAAAAAAAUGUUUUUAUAAAAAGUAGACAGAUUCAUGUAAAUGCACAGAACAAGGAAUUGACUGCUCGUUAUUCUUAGUCGCCACAGAAAUAGUGUAUUUGCACCUGUAGUUUUAUUUCCGUAUAUUUUCUUUCUUAAGGUUCUGCAUCCAGUUUGCCAUGUUCGUGCUCUUCAACUCUGGACAGCUGUAUAUCUCCCUACAUCAUCACCUUGUACUCCAAUGGAUGAUGGCAUGGAACUCUAUCUGACUCCAUCUUCUCAAGGUCCAGACUUUAAUGCCAGAUCCCUGGACAGGUAUGACUAGAAUCAAAAAACAGUAUAACAAUUGAUUUUUACUGUAGUCUGUUGCAAUCAUGAAAAAAAGUGUUUUUCUUUUUAAAUUAACAUUAACACUGCAAAAUAAAAAUGGGUCCUAUAUGUUCACUUAGGUCCUGAACUUUUCCAUGUGAGCUGUCUGUUUAAUUAAAUUUAUUUUUUUGUAAAACUAAUUUUAGCUUUUGAGAUUACAUUGUUUUCCUGAUAUGACUCUUUUGCAGCUUUGUGAAUUAAGAGAUUUUUAUGUUAAUGUUAUAAAAUGUGUGUGUGUGUGUGUGUGAAACCUUUAAGAUGAAAAUUAACGUUAAAAUAUUAUUUUUCCAUGUGUGUUCCAUAUUCUGCUUUAUUAGAUUGCCGAAAACACGCUCAAUGGAAAAUCUAGCAACAGCAUGUGACAGCAGCGGAAUGCUGACACGCACUUCAAGUGACCCAAAUUUAAAUAAUCACCAAGCUAGCUUAGACUCUCGCAGCAGCAGCAGCGUGGAAGGUGCUGAGACAGGAAAUCUGGACCUCCUGCAGCCAGGUCCAUCUACUAAAUGUAAGGAACAAGAGGAAAGUGAAAUCAAAGAAAGUGAAGAAAAAAGUGAAGGUGAAAAAGAAGAAAUUACAAAUCUGAAUGGUGAUGAACUCAAUUCUCUUAACAAUACUUCAUCUGUUAGUAAAGCAGAAUGUGUAGAUUGGACAUGUGAUAAUUUUAAAUCUGCUUUGGAGAAUGGUACAACUAUAGAUGCACAAAGUAAUGUAGUAGUAGUCACCCAUAUUAAUGAACCGGCAACUAAAGCCUCAUUAGAUCUUCCGAGCUCAAACUUAGAAGCAGAUGUGUCUGAUCAUGUAGUAUCCUGUGUAGAGGUUAGCAAGGCUGUUAAAGAGCAAAUCAAGUUUUCUAGGACUGAUAAAAAAGUAGUAUCUCAAACCCAGAAAAGUGAUUUCUCUCUCAUGACUUCAAACUGGAACAGUUUGCAAGGAAUGAUGAAGUCUGUUCCCAUCGGAGAGAUUGGUUUACGUCGACAUCCGUCUUAUGAUUACUCAAGUAGGAGUCUCCACAGCAAGCAUGGAAGACAUAUUGUUGGCUGUUUCAUGUCAAGGGAGGCAUCAAAGAUUUCUUGCAAUUUUCCUGCCUCUAUGCACUGUUCUGGACCCUCCACAAGAAGCUGUAGAUGUCUGAUGGCUUCUAACACAAAGCCACUUCAUAGUGGCAGGUUCUUUCCUUUUGCCUGCCCAUCUCCUACUCCUCUCAUGUAUCCAGAUGAUGAUGGUCUUCCUCUUCCCAAUGACGUGGUACAGCAGCGGCUGAGGCAGAUGGAAGCCAGCUACAAACAAGAGGUAGAACUUUUGCGAAGGCAAGUGUGGGAGUUGCAGCUACAGCUGGAAAUUCGACAGCAUUGCGCUCCUCCCCCAGAGCCAGAGGCAGACUAUGAAGAUGACUUUGUGAGUUAUAUAUAAGUAAACAUUCUUAUGGUUUUAUUAUUUAUAGUUGUACUCUGCUUUUCUUUUGCACUUGUUAAUUUAUUACAUCAUCAAAAUAUUUCUGCUGCUUCCUUGGCACCAAUCCUAGAUGUCACUGGUUACUUAUAUGGUCUCCUCAAAGUAAUUAUUUUAAACUGAAAAGAGAAUAUGUGAAACACAUUGCAAGCAUAGGCUGGGUAUCGUUGCAUGUUGAAUUUAGUUGUUAACACAUACCUGUCCUACAUUACCACUAUGAAAAUAUACCCAUGGUAAAAUGGACCUGUUACCUAUAAAGGAGAGGCAUAAGAAACUGUCUAUAAACUGCGCAAACAUUUUUUUUCCUGCCAUACAAAGAAUAGCUUUAAAAAUGUUAUGUAAAAAAUAACCUGCAUGGUGCACAUUACACAAUUAAAAGUGGGUCUGUAGACCUUGUCAUAUCUAUUGAUCUCUUAACCAUUUCAGACAGCGAUUUAGUUUAUCUGUCUAGAACACAGGCAGCCUCAAAUACCAUACAAAUUUAACAUUCCUUUCAAAAUACAAGCAUACGCUUAAAUAAAACACCGUAAACACCAUAUUGCAGCUUAUUUUUUUUUCUCAUGUAUGGCAGUAAGGUUGACCAGACUCUACAAUCCCACAGAAGGGCAAACAGCAGACAUCAUGGGCAGAGGAGAAUAUAAUGGCUGCUCUCAGGUAUUGAAAUCCAGUAUGUGAAGGAACUCCUGUACUCCAACCGAGUACUUCCACCCAGUCCACUUCCUAGCUGCUUGCAGGGACCCUGGAACGCUUCAGCCCCAGUCGCCGAAGCUUUAUUGGGAUCCUUGUGGAGUUUUUCCACCCAGCCAGGCUGCAGCUCUCCUUCCUAUUGUCCCCUCUGCUUCCAGGCAGGUAUAGUCCCCUCUGCCUCUUCUGCUGCAGCCCUUCUUCCAAACAAGUAUUCACAUCUGCCUGCAAUGUUACAGCUGUUGUCUUUGAAAAAGACACUUGUGGCUCUCAUGCCUUGCUCUCUUGCUUUACCCCAGGACUAGAGGGAUUCUGCAACCAGGUCCAAAGACUCUGUCACUGGGAUCCCUACAAAUCCACACAGGAUACAAGUUCCAAAAGGAAAGGACAUACCAUUCUUUAUUUUUAGUCAUGACAUUAAGCUCAUAACAUUAAGCUUACUGUGACAACUAAAAUACAAACACUUAAAUCACAUUGGACAACAUACAAGAACUUAUAAUGACAUAUUUCUAAAGGGGUAGGAAAGACAAUAAUUAACACAAAACAUCUCUCCUGCUUGCAUAAAUAGCACUAUGCAAAUCUACCUGAAUAUGCAAAUUAGGAAUCCUUGCUAUUCAGGUAGUGCAUACUAGGGAUUGACCGAUUUAUCGGUUUUACCGAUAUUAUCGGGCGAUAUUCGUUAUUUUCUGCAAUAUCGGUAUCGGCCAAUAUAGAUACCGAUAUUGCCGAUAAUACAUACCAGGACCGCCAGGGUCAUUACAAGCCCGGUGGUCCUGGGGGAUCCGCAGCAAGCUGUUACCUCCCAUCAGUUCCCUUCAGCUCCCAUGUCAAAUCUUGCGAGACCUGCGGCCACAGAGCGUUGCCACGGGUUACCAGAGCAACGCUCCGCGCGGCACACAGACCGCGAAAUUUACACAGAGAGCUGCUGGGACGGUAUGUAACAGCUUGCUGCCGGCCCCCACAGUACUAAAGCCACCGGACCACCAGGGAAUACUAUAUCCCCCCCUCCCUGGUAAGAAGCAGGGAGGGGGGACUAAAAAUUUUUAAUUUUUAAAAAAAAACAAAUGAAAAUAAAAAAAAUACUUCCCCUCCCCCCAUUUUACACAAAUUACAUCUCUACACACACACACUGCAUUAUAGACACACCACACACACUCUGCAUUAUAUACACACUAUACACACUAUAACACUGUAUUAUAUACACACUGCAUUAUAUACACACACACUGCAUUAUAUACACACUACACAAACACACACACUGCAUUAUAUACACACUACACAAACACACACUCUGUAUUCACUAUACACACUACACAAACACACUCUGCAUUCAUUAUAUGCACACACUACACAAAUACACACUGCAUCCACUACACACACUACACACACUACACAAACACACACAGCUCCCCUGUCUAAACACACUUCAUCCACUACAUGUGGCAUGUAUAUAUAUUAUGUGCAUUUACCUUUAGAAUUAGUUUAUUUUUUCAAAAUGGUAAAUGUACAGAAUAUCGGCAAGUUAUCGGCUAUCUGCCUGAAAGUUCACAGAGUAUCGGUAUCGGCUCUAAAAAAAUCAAUAUCGGUCGAUCCCUAGUGCAUACAGCAGUUGCUAGAUCCUUGCAACUAGCAGGUGGCGCUGUACAUGGUCCUCAGCCCAGUUCACCUACUUGAUUGCAAGCAUUAGCAAUACAUUAGAGCACACUAACAUUUAACACUAAACAAUUACAUUACACACACCCUGCACCUUUAAUGGGUACAGGGUGACUAAAACAUAAAGAGAAGUCCAGCAACCUACAUAAAUAGUCUGUCUGAAGUUCAGGGUGAUGGUGACUACCGUCACACAGCACAAGGAAGAAAAGAUAAUAAGUAUAAACAAAAGCAAGUGGCAAGGAAGGGAGUAUAAUUCUUAAGAUACGGCAUCAUAAUGAAAGAAAAAUCUAAAGUAAAAAAAAAAAAAAUUACGGGUCUGCUUUAACCGGUACAAUGAUCAAUAGGGUGGUGUUUUGUUAAGUAGAAUAUUUGAUGUGCUAUAAAAUGUUGCUAAUUUGUAUAAUGAUUUACAUGUGUAUGCAGUGCUAUUUUUUUUACAUCUUACUCUACAUACGUUGUUUUUGGUUGAUGUUGUAGACAUGUGUUAAAGAGUCAGAUGGCAGUGACAUGGAUGACCUGUACUCUGAUAAAAGUGAAGAUAAACUUUCUGAGGCCAGCUGGGAACCAGUGGAUAAGAAGGAAAUGGAGGUAAUUACAACCUUGUAUCCAUUUACAAGUAAAAAAUAAAAAAAAUAUAAUUUUUUUUUAAUGUAGUUUUAGCUACACCUCACUUGGCUGAGGCUCACACAGCCUCCAUGAAAAGUUUAGUAGAUAACAGAGAAUCUAGUUCUAAUCAAUGGAAUCGUUUUUGUUUAUACAACACAUUGUACAUGAAGUCUCUUUCCAAUGCAUGCAUCAAAAUGUAAAGGUUUUGCAAAAAACUAUUUAAACCGUUAAAGCGUAAAUUUUUUUUUUUACUUAAAUAAUUGUAUCUCAAUCUCUAAAUUGAACUUUAAUCACAUACAGGAGGCUCUUGCAGGGUUUAGCAAGCUAUUAACAUAACAGGGGAUAAGAAAAUCUUAAUUAAACCGAACUUGCAAUAAAGAAAGCCUAAAUAGGACUCUCUUUACAGGAAGUGUUUAUGGAAGGCUGUGCAAGUCACACGCAGGGAGGUGUGACUAGGGUUCAUAAACAAAGGGAUUUAACUCCUAAAUGGCUGAGGAUUGAGCAGUGAGGCUGCAGGGGCAUGUUCUAUACACCAAAACUGCUUCAUUAAGCUAAAGUUGUUCAGGUGACUAUAGUGUCCCUUUAAUAUAACCAGCUCUCUUUUCCAUCAAAAAACAGUGAUUUAAUGAAACACGGUUUUGUUUGGAGAAUACCAUGCUUUCAUUUUCAUCCCUAAAAUAAAAAAAAAAAACUUACCAAGGUUUCCAUGCAUCCCAAAGGUCAUUCUGCGGGCAGGGUCUUUGGCAAAACUGAAGGCGGGUCCCGUGCAGGCAUUGGUUAUCUUUUACCAGCAUGCUUUUUUCCUGUUUUGGGCUGCUAAUGAUAUUGCCAGAGUUGCACUUCUCACAGCAAAGUGUAUUCUAUAAGUGCAACAUUUAUUUAGUAAAACACUGCACAUACAAACUCUAAGACCUAAUCAUUGAAGAAGUCCUAGUGCUUGGAGUAAUCCCUAAAGCGUAUUAAGUCUUUCUUUCUUUAUUGCUGUCUGUGUCCAUUUGCUUUCUUCUGCUGUCUUUUCUAGCCUAAGAGGGAUUUAGUUUCUUAAAGGAACACCUUAGGCAAAAUACACACUGUAGUGUUUAUGGUGUUGACUCCCUUGGUGUGGUCCGUUGUUUAAAAGGCAGAUCCGUCAGAAUGGUUUGACACUUACUGGGAUGCCUGUGGUCCAGCACCUCCACACAGAAAUGGCAAAAUCACAACUUACCUGCAUUAGAUAUAACCGAUUUGUCCUCUUAAACUGCAGGCCCUUUAAAUUCAUCUUAUUGAAGUGGUUAUACUGUCUAGAUAUCAGUGGUAGGAAGAGGAUCCAGGCACUUCAAGUAUCUUUAAUUUUAUUUAUUUGGAUAAGUGAGACACCACAAUGUUUCGACCCCUGAAAGGGUCUUUAUCUAGAGUCCCAUGGCACAUAAGCCUGGCCAGCAUUGGGUGACUGUGACCACUUGCGGCCUAUCACAGCAGCAAUUGCUGGUAUGAAUUGGUAUAGCUGGAAGGAAAUGUGCAAUCUCUGCCUUAGCCAAACUUUCAUUGGGGGCUGGGCUGUGAUUGACGAGGAACCCUCAUUCAUUGUUAAAUGAAUAGGAGCCAUAGGACGCCAACCACUAUAUCAAGUCAGUCAAUGAGUUUAAAUUGUUAUUGUGCCUACAGUGCCCCUUUUAAGGUCUUAAUUUAUUACUGAAGAUUGUCAACUAAUUUAAUUAAUUUAACAAUGCUUAUCUGCAGGUCACAAGGUGGGUUCCUGACCACAUGGCUUCACAUUGUUUUAACUGCGACUGUGAAUUCUGGUUAGCUAAACGUAGACACCACUGCAGGUAAAGAAUCCAUUCAGUGAUCUUGUAAAUAUGUUGCCAUUCUCUUUACUGUACCAAAUGUGUUUUUGUUUUUGUUUUUACAAGAAAACUUUACUUGUUUGUUUGUUGUUGUGGUAUUGUGCAGGGGUAUUUUUUGUGUGUGUGUGUGUGUGGUUUUUAAUUUGUUUGUUUUUGGAGGAAGGAUUGUUUAUGGUGUUACCUGCACGUCUAUUGCAUUUUAUACUGUGGAAUAUAAAGAUGUAUACAUAUUACUUUUUAUACAGCUCUAAUAUUACUUUGGCUUAUUUAUAAUGAUAAAAAAUAACCUCUAAAACCACAACUACCUUUUAGCCAUAAAUAAAAUGUAAAGCAGAAAAAAAAACGAACGGAAAAUGAUUAACAAUGUUAAAAACACAACAUGCAAGUAGCACUAUAAAAAUGAGAUUCGUAAGACUCAAGUCCUUAAGUGGGAAUAACCCUUUCUGAUGUUGCCAGAGGGACUUGUAUAGUUAUUAUAGAAACACUCCAAGCACCAUAACUGUAGAUGUUAUAUUGCCAGGGGUGGCAUGGCCCCCACUCCACUGUCAAGUCUUUUUAUAUUGGUUUUAAUUCUUACCUGGAACUGCAAGGCACUGCUCUCCGCAUCAACUACUUCAGACUGAUCCCUUCCAGCUCUACAGACAGAAAGAUUUCAGAUGUUACAGAGCUUAGCUCAUUGGCUGAAAGCUAUCAGCUGAUGCUCGAAGCCCAUGAGCUUCAGGAGAGCUAAAGGAAUCUCUCCAACAUUAGUAGUGCAGGGAGAACAGCACCCACUUUACCCCAGGUAAGAAGCUAGACCAUUCUAAAACAGUUUAGAAGAACCAGGGUACUCCUAGCACCACAACUACUACAGUGUGCAGUACUGGUGAUGGUGCUUGGAGUGUUUCUUUAAAACCAGACUAUCACUUCUUCUGACUCAAGUCCUGUUUAAUAUAUCUUUGAGGUGUCUUAUGUUCUAAUUGUGAAAUCUUCUUCUUUUAGGAACUGUGGAAAUGUUUUCUGUGCUAGCUGCUGCCACCUGAAGCUCCCUAUUCCAGACCAGCAGCUGUACGACCCAGUGCUGGUUUGCAACAUGUGCUAUGAUCAGAUCCAAGUAACACGCGCAAGGGAACUUAUGUCCCAGCAACUGAAGAAACCCUUAGCUGCAGCAUCGAGCUGAAUGCUUGCUGAAGACCUGGCUUUAAGCUCCUCCUUUUGUUCUUGCAGCCAAGAUGAAGUUUUGAGAGAAAGGCACACCUACAGUCCUAGUUACCUGCCCCAGAACUCUUACUUCAGUAAUAGACAGCACAUCAGCCUACGUUGCUGUCACAGUGCUGCAUGGGGCAGGCUCUUUCCUGCAUUAUAAAGUGGAUUUAUGGUAUAAAUACCCCCUCCUCUAAUUGCCUACUUUUCUGCCCUAAUACCUCCGGCUGAUUGAAUGAGAUUGCCCAUGCAACUCGCUGGUUGCAGCUAUGGUUAAAAAAAAUUAAAAAAAUUAAAAAAAGCCAACAACUUAUUGUAGGUGUUGGAGAAUGUGGUAGACAGUUGUAUUGAACCUUUGAGUGCUGGCUCAGGGUUGAUCUGCACGGUUCAAUUGGUCAGUAAAAGAUUGGAAUGGCGAGCAGACAGCAAAGGAUUUUAUUCCCUUUUAUGGUUUAGUUUGUUUUGUUGAGGAGGGUAAUGUGUUUGGAGAACGUCCAAUUCCCCUGGCACACACAGAUGCCCAUGAAUUUGGGCUGCUUGUGUUUAAUUUCUCCUGCUGCCUCUCAUAUGCUGAAGGUAUUGGAUUGUUCCAUGUAGUGGAGAUGCUUUUGCACCAUUGCUUCAAAUGUGACAAUGUGUAUUUUAAGAUGGUUAGUCAAGCUCACAUGGUGGGUUUAUAUGUAAAUACUAGGGUAACUGAGUGCAAAAAAACUGUGAAGAUUAACCCCUUUGUUGGCAGUUAAAAACUGCAGUGUGUUGACACCUCCUAUUGGCAGCAAAAGUGUUUAAGUGUGGGAGUUUCAGCAUUUGCUAGUGUUUCCAUUUUAUUUGUCUUGUGGAGUUUAUAGCACUUAACCUUUCAUGUGCUGGUGGAGUGUACAUCAGAUUGCCAAGCUAUGUGAUUCUCCCAUUUCUGGCUCUGAAUAUCGCUGCACGACUAGCUCUAUCUAGGACUCUUUAUUUCUGUGUCUGUAAAUAUUGUUUCAUUUUUUUGUUACUAUGUCUUCUUGUUUACUUCUGAUCCUUAAAACUCAAUUCCCAAGUAAAAUAUCAAAUGGAAUAGUCUUUUUUUUUUUUUCCCCUUUCUUUUUUAAUUUGAGGGGCUUCUUAUUAAAUGCUGCUAUUUGAAUUUGUGUGCACUUAACCAAUGUAACCCAGACAAGGGACAAAGCAUUGAUACCAAAAGGUUUGGGAUAAUUUUGUUUUAUUUUACUCUUGCUCUCUAAAGUGCCACUGUGUCUCAUUAAUCCGCCAUUUUAUGUCAUUUGUUCCAUUAUCAUUUAUAUGUAAAUACAUGGUUCUUGCUGGCUCUCUUGUGUCAUCAAUCUUUAACAAAAAAAAAAGUGACUCCGUACUUCAGUGAGGUCAAUAGUUCUGAAGUAGGAGUGAAAUGUGUAGGUUUUUUUUUUAUUUUAAAUCUGAUCUUGGAUAAAGCCAAACUAAAAGGGUAGAAGUGGUACUAGUGGCAUUUGUGUCUUAACAGACCAUUAACUAGUUUCUGUUGGUUGGUUGUUUGCAUACAUCAUACUGUCUUUUGGACGUGAAAUAGAUUGUGUGUUAUUAUCACAUGUUGCAAGUCCUAAAACAACUCUGUUAAUUAACUCUAUGCAGCACCUCUUUUACCAAUAUGCUUUACAGUCUGGUACCUUCUGACUAAGUAUAGUAGAACAUUUGUUAGGCAGUACCUAGUCAUAUGAAUUGCAUGGCUGCUUCCUGGGUGAAGGGAAUAUUAAUGGUGCUAUCCAUUAAGAGGUAUGCUAGUCCAGUGAAGAAACAUGAAGACCAAAGCCUGUAUCUGUCAGUGAUGGCAUUUUAACAUCAUUCAUUCAAACCAUUCAUUAGAGAUAACAUUGUUAGUACUUAAUAGAGAACUGAUUAGAAUUUUAGAUGGAAAACAGAAGGCAUUUUCACAGAUCUUUAGCAAAGCAUAUGCACAGUUUGCUUAUAUGGUCCUUCAAUACAUCAAAAUGUCUUCUGAUAUGCAGUAGCUGCGUGACAGAUACUUUUAUUUCACUUUAAUAGUUAUCAUUACAAGUAACAUGUAUGUGUCAAGAAACACAGCCAAAAUGGCCGCUUACGCAUUCAUGAAAAGAACAGAAAGAGCACAACCCUGUAUGUGAACAACAAGAGGCAAAUAUGUGGUUGUGUAAAGUAUUCCGAGAUGCAGAUCAGGAUAUCAAAAUUUACACAAACUCUUUAGUUUUGUAAAUAUCCUUUAAGUGCUAAGGGUGGGUAAGCUGAGGUGCCAUAUGCCAACUUUCUAAGGAAAGGUGAACCUGAAAGGAGUGUGUAAGCGUUGGCAAUCUAGUAAGCCUUAGACCAGGUUUGAAAUGUAUUCCUAUGGUCAACUCAUGAAGUGCCAGUCGUGUGGUAAACAAAUCAUGGUAAAUGGUUAGUUUUAAGCAUCCGAUUUCAUAUCCGCAGGAAACAAAAUGGAAAACAAAAGUCUAAAAACUUGUGAUAUAGCUGCCUCUUUGCAUAGCACUUGUCAAGUUACUUUUCCCUGGAAGACUUUUUAUUGUGUUGUGGAAACUUUUCAUUGACAUAUAUUCCAAAAUUGUCUGUUCUAUGGAAAAAUGCAUUGUGUGUAUGCAGUCUGUGUUCCCUAGGGCAGAGUAUUUAGGAAGGCAAAGUAUACCAUUGAGAUUGCGCCAUGGAUAAAACAAAAUGGUGUGGUCAAGCAAAUGACAACAGGAUACAUCUCUGUAAAUUAUUAUUGUGUACAACAUGAAAUGUGCUGUAAAUGUGAACACAUCAGAAUAAAUACUGAUAUUAUGAUCUCAAAUGAUUUUACUUCAACCACAAGGUUCUUUUCCACAGCUUGUAUUUCUGUCAUAUUGCCCAAAGUAUGUUUGAUUCAGUCCUUUUAUUAAAAACCUUUUCACCUGUCUAAACACUAGUAAACAUAAACCAUAUUUAGAUACUCCAGUGGUGGCAAACCUUAG